AUCUUCUAUGUGUCUCAUGACUCCCAGGACCUGAAGAUCUUCAGCUACAUCGCCAGAGACGGACAGAGUAACAUCUUCCGUUGUAACGUCUUCAAGUCCAAGAAGAAGGUGAGAGUCUCUCUCGCUCUCUCUCUCUCUCUCUCUCUCUCUCUCUCUCCCCCCUCUAUUCUCCGUCUAUUCUCCCGGACUCCCUAAAGUUUUAUGUUUUGGUGCCGCUAGGGCAGUUCAGACAGAUUGUUCAUUACUUUUUUUACUGAGGAAUGUUUGUUUUUCAUGAUCGUGUUUUUUAAGUUACUUUUCAUAAAUUAAUUGUAAAUAUUGUAUGUUUUUAUUGCAUUGGAAUUGUAAAAAUUGUGAAUUUGUAUGAUUGUGUGCAGGGCUCCCUUGUAAAAGAGGCCUUGGUCUCAAUGGGAUUUCCCUUUUGAAAUACAUUUUAAUAAAUACAAAUAAAAUUCCUCCCUCCCUCCUCUCUAGCUGUCCUCCUGUGGACAGUUUAAAGCAAGUGGCAUAGCUUUGGGCAUCCCAUCACCCAGGAGACUGAGCCAGCGGUUGGCUAACAGAUUCUAUUUGACCAUGCAAAUACUCACCAAUCUGGCUACAUUUUCCAAAUUAAUAAAUCAGAUAAUUAAUCCUCAAAGACAGAACUCUAGAAUAUGAUAAGGGGAGAAAAUAAUCAAAUUCUUAGUCCUUCCCCUUGUCAUUGUGCAGAACAGUCACUGUUGCACCCCAGCCCUGUCUGUUAUAAUGACUGUCUGAGAAACUGCUGAGCCAUAAUGGCUGUUAAUUGACAGGCUGAAUUGGAGGGAAACACCUUGACUCAGAACAAAGGCUUGGCAGUUAGAGAGACAGAGAGAGUCAUUAUGACACAGUAACAUUAUGGGGCUGUUCCACUGCUGGUUCUUUAUCUGCGUUUACGACUCUAACGAUGCUAGAACUGCUGGUACUUAAUCUGGAUUUACAACUCUAGCCAGACUAAUGAUGCUAACUAUGCUAGUACUGCUGCUCCUUAAUCUGGGCUAAUGACUUUAACAAGGCUAAUGAUGCUAACGAUGUUAGUGCUGCUGGUCCUUAAUCUGGGCUACACACUUAGAAAAAAUGUUCCUUAUAGAACCAAAAAGGGUUAUAUCGCUUGCGUCACAUAUGGAACCCCUAAAAGUUCUAUAUAGAACCCUUUUAUAGGGUUCUUUGAUCAGAACCCAUGAGGUUCUUCUUCACUGAACCAAAAUGGUUCCAUAUAGAACCCUGCAUGGUGCCAUUAAUUAAUUAUAGCUACUACUAUGAAUAGUAAUAUUGUUAGCUAAUAAUAUAAUUUCAUAAACAAUUAAAUAAUGGACAAAAUAAUACCGGCAUAAUUUUUAGAAUGUAUUGUCAUUGUAGAGUCACUGACCACCUUCCGGAGACACUUGAAACCCUACCUCUUUAAGGAAUACCUGGAAUAGUAUAAAAGUAAUCCCCCCCCCCCCCCCCCCCCCCCCCCCCAUUAAAAAAAGUAUAUAUAUACAGUGGGGGGAAAGGGUAUUUAGUCAGCCACCAAUUGUGCAAGUUCUCCCACUUAAAAAGAUGAGAGAGGCCUGUAAUUUUCAUCAUAGGUACACGUCAACUAUGACAGACAAAUUGAGGAAAAAAAUUCCAGAAAAUCACAUUGUAGGAUUUUUUAUGAAUUUAUUUGCAAAUUAUGGUGGAAAAUAAGUAUUUGGUCACCUACAAACAAGCAAGAUUUCUGGCUCUCACAGACCUGUAACUUCUUCUUUAAGAGGCUCCUCUGUCCUCCACUCGUUACCUGUAUUAAUGGCACCUGUUUGAACUUGUUAUCAGUAUAAAAGACACCUGUCCACAACCUCAAACAGUCACACUCCAAACUCCACUAUGGCCAAGACCAAAGAGCUGUCAAAGGACACCAGAAACAAAAUUGUAGACCUGCACCAGGCUGGGAAGACUGAAUCUGCAAUAGGUAAGCAGCUUGGUUUGAAGAAAUCAACUGUGGGAGCAAUUAUUAGGAAAUGGAAGACAUACAAGACCACUGAUAAUCUCCCUCGAUCUGGGGCUCCACACAAGAUCUCACCCCGUGGGGUCAAAAUGAUCACAAGAACGGUGAGCAAAAAUCCCAGAACCACACAGGGGGACCUAGUGAAUGACCUGCAGAGAGCUGGGACCAAAGUAACAAAGCCUACCAUCAGUAACACACUACGCCGCCAGGGACUCAAAUCCUGCAGUGCCAGACGUGUCCCCCUGCUUAAGCCAGUACAUGUCCAGGCCCGUCUAAAGUUUGCUAGAGUGCAUUUGGAUGAUCCAGAAGAGGAUUGGGAGAAUGUCAUAUGGUCAGAUGAAACCAAAAUAUAACUUUUUGGUAAAAACUCAACUCGUCGUGUUUGGAGGACAAAGAAUGCUGAGUUGCAUCCAAAGAACACCAUACCUACUGUGAAGCAUGGGGGUGGAAACAUCAUGCUUUGGGGCUGUUUUUCUGCAAAGGGACCAGGACGACUGAUCCGUGUAAAGGAAAGAAUGAAUGAGGCCAUGUAUCGUGAGAUUUUGAGUGAAAACCUCCUUCCAUCAGCAAGGGCAUUGAAGAUGAAACGUGGCUGAGUCUUUCAGCUUGACAAUGAUCCUAAACACACCGCCCGGGCAACGGAGGAGUGGCUUCGUAAGAAGCAUUUCAAGGUCCUGGAGUGGCCUAGCCAGUCUCCAGAUCUCAACCCCAUAGAACAUCUUUGGAGGGAGUUGAAAGUCUGUGUUGCCCAGCGACAGCCCCAAAACAUCACUGCUCUAGAGGAGAUCUGCAUGGAGGAAUGGGCCAAAAUACCAGCAACAGUGUGUGAAAACCUUGUGAAGACUUACAGAAAACGUUUGACCUGUGUGAUUGCCAACAAAGGGUAUAUAACAAAGUAUUGAGAAACUUUUGUUAUUGACCAAAUACUUAUUUUCCACCAUAAUUUGCAAAUAAAUUCAUUAAAAAUCCUACAAUGUGAUUUUCUGGAUUUAUUUUCCUCAUUUUGUCUGUCAUAGUUGACGUGUACCUAUGAUGAAAAUUACAGGCCUCUCAUCUUUUUAAGUGGGAGAACUUGCACAAUUGGUGGCUGACUAAAUACUUUUUUUCCCCCACUGUAUAUGUGUAUAUAUAUAUAUAUAUAUAUAUAUAUAUAUAUUGGGUGGUUGUCUCACUAGCUAUCAUAAGUUGAAUGCACCAAUUUGUAAGUCGCUCUGGAUAAGAGCGUCUGCUAAAUGACUUAAAUGUAAAUGUAAAUGUAUAUGCAAACAUAGUUUGGAAAUAUGCACUGGUGGCCAGCAGAGGCAUCUCUUUGUUUGAAUGAUGGCUCACGUCAACUAUGGCUGACUUCAAUACAAUACAACUUUGUCCAUUAGUUACAGCGAACAACAAAAAUGUGUCUUCUGCUCCGUUCUCAACCCCCCAAACAGCAGACCUCACACAUACAGUUGAGACUAACACAGGUUCAAGCUGCAGUGCAGCACCCCUGGAUAGAGAGCAUGUUGUGGGGUUACGUACCUUGCUCAAGGGCCCAACAGUAGGGGAAUGUUUUGAGGAUAUGAACCCAGCAGCCCUCCAGUUGUCAGAUCAAUUCCGCCCAUUUUUUCCGGCGACUGGCCCAGGAUUCGAACCGGCCACCUUGCGGCCACAAGUCCAAUACCGACCUUGUGCCAUUCUGGGAUAUUCGGUAAUACCGGUACUGAACACAAGGGGCACUGUUUUCAAACCUCACUGAUACUCUGUAAUCCGAAGGUUAGUAAUGCUAACAAGUACAUGUAAAAUCCCAUAGAGAAUGCUAACUAAAUGCUAACGAGCACAUUGCGAAGUAUAGAAGUAACUCAAAACUGCUACUCAAAGUUUGCUGCUCGUACAAAACAAAUAUUAGCCAGCAAGGCUCUUGAUCCAGAAGGGGAUUCUCUGCUGUUACCAAGUGAAUGCUUGGUUUUGGAAGAAGCUAACCACUUAGCUAGAUAACUAACUAACUACUAAAUUAGCAAACCAAAUGCACAACUGCAGCGCAUUUAGCACAUUUUAGACAGUUAACUUAAUAGUUAUAAGAAGGCUAGCUGGCAAACAUUUAGUUGUGAAUUCCAUACUAUAAUUAGAUCGCCUGGCAAAUGCUGCACAACAGUGAGUGACUCACAAGGCUCUGGUCUCUCUUCGUUGUGUGCUUGUGAAAAACACCACAUGACACGUGACUGCGGACUACCGUAAGCUUCAUAAUAAUGUGACAGGUGAAAUUAAAAACGCAAUGUUCUUUAUCUCCUAACGUAUUGCACAAGUUGACUGCAGGUAUUUACUUAAAAAGUAACUACAAAUAUUGAAAUGUAUUAAAAAAACUUCAAAUACAUAUUUUCAACAAUAUUGACGGUAUGUGGCUUUUUCCAAAUACCCCUGUAUACGGUUUAUACGGUAUACCGCCCAAGCCUAGUUGUCAUGCUGGAAUGGAAGUUGGUUUUUGAAUCGGAAUGGCAGUUACAUUUUGAAUUGACCAAAAGGUUCUAUAUCGAACCCCUUUUUUAUCUAAGAGUGAAUACUUUUAUUAAACACAGUAUUUCCUCUUGCUUCUAGCUAGCAUUUAGUUUGCAACAGCACAGAUUUGUAUGAACCUUGCUGUUUGCCACUUACACCUCAGCAACAGUGUUGCAAAAUAUGAAUCCGAUCUUCCCCCUGCCAUAGAGAGCUAACGGUCUUGGACGUCAGCUAGACAUUUUUUCUGAACAGGCGAAAUCAUGCAGCAGCAUAAUUAAUAUGGAUAUAAAUGUCAAUGCAUGUCAAAGGGGUGCUGAAGGUGGGUGUGGUGCAUGAAUCAAGCGCAGGACGCAGAAGCUCAUUCCAAAAGACUUUAGUGCAAUAUUCACGUAGAAAAUAAGCACAAUAAGCCCGAAGGCGAAAUCACGGCGCACACAGGCGUCAAACAAACGGCGCACUAACAUGUGCGAAAAACCCUCUCCAAAACACUGGAGGGAAGUACGUAGCUCCAACACGAAAACAGAAGAGCAAUCACACACAAAGACAAACACAACCAACGAGAACUAAAUAGGACACUAACGAGGACUAACAAGACACAGGUGUACAACAUAAAGACAAAACCAAACGAACAUGAAACAUAGAUUGGUGGCAGCUAGUACUCCGGGGACGACGACCGCCGAAGCCUGCCCGAACCAGGAGGAGGAGCAGCCUCGGCCGAAACCGUGACAAUGCAAAGCAGCUGAAACAAAUUAAAAGGGAGCAUUACCUGUCAUUUCAGAGUUUGAUGUGACUGGGUUAGCUUUUAUUAACUGUUGUUUUCUACAAUCCCCAUUACACCCCUGGGGUAGGAAAUAGGGAUAGAACCCUCAAGGUUAUUUGCCUUCAUUGGGUAUAUACAGUACCAGUCAAAAGUUUGGACAUACCUACUCAUUCAAGGGUUUUUAUUUAUUUUUACUAUUUUCUACAUUGUAGAAUAAUAGUGAAGACAUCAAAACUAUGAAAUAACACAUAUGGAAUCAUGUAGUAACCAAAAAAGUGUUAAACAAAUCAAAAUAUAUUUUAGAUUUUAGAUUCUUCAAAGUAGCCACCCUUUACCUUGAUGACAGCUUUGCACACUCUUGGCAUUCUCUCAACCAGCUUCAUGAGGAAUGCUUUUCAAACAGUCUUGAAGGUGUUCCCACAUAUGCUGAGCACUUGUUGGCUGCUUUUCUUUCACUCUGCGGUCCAACUCAUCCCAAACCAUCUCAAUUGGGUUGAGGUCGGGUGAUUGUGGAGGCCAGGUCAUCAGAUGCAGCACUCCAUCACUCUCCUUCUUGGUCAAAUAGCCCUUACACAGCCUGGAGGUGUGUUUUGGGUCAUUGUCCUGUUGAAAAACAAAUGAUAGUCCCACUAAGCGCAUACCAGAUGGGAUGGCGUAUCGCUGCAGAAUGCUGAGGUAGCCAUGCUUGUUAAGUGUGCCUUGAAUUCUAAAUAAAUCACAGACAGUGUCACCAGCAAAGCACCCCCACACCUCCUCCUCCAUGCUUCAUGGUGGGAACCACACAUGCGGAGAUCAUCCGUUCACCUACUCUGCGUCUCACAAAGACACGGCGGUUGGAACCAAAAAUCUCACAUUUGGACUCAUCAGAUCAAAGGACAGAUUUCCACCGGUCUAAUGUCCAUUGCUCAUGUUUCUUGGCCCAAGCAAGUCUCUUCUUCUUAUUGGUGUCCUUUAGUAGUCGUUUCUUUGCAGCAAUUCGACCAUGAAGGCCUGAUUCACAUAGUCUCCUCUGAACAGUUGAUGUUGAGGUGUGUCUGUUACUUGAACUCUGUGAAGCAUUUAUUUGGGCUGCAAUCUGAGGUGCAGUUAACUCUAAUGAACUCAUCCUCUGCAGCAAAGGUAACUCUGGGUCUUCCUUUCCUGUGGCGGUCCUCAUGAGAGCCAGUUUCAUCAUAGCGCUUGAUGGUUUUUGCGACUGCACUUGAAGAAACUUUCAAAGUUCUUGAAAAUGUCCAUAUUGACUGACCUUCAUGUCUUAAAGUAAUGAUGGACUGUCGUUUCUCUUAGCUUAUUUGAGCUGUUCUUUCCAUGAUAUGGACUUGGUCUUUUACCAAAUAGGGCUAUCUUCUGUAUACCACCCCUACCUUGUCACAACACAACUGAUUGGCUGAAACGCAUUAAGAAAUUCCACAAAUUAACUUUUAACAAGGCACAAUUGUUAAUUGAAAUGCAUUCCAGGUGACUACCUCAUGAAGCUGGUUGAGAGAAUGCCAAGAGUGUGCAAAGCUGUCAUCAAGGCAAAAGGUGGCUACUUUGAAGAAUCUCAAAAUAUACUAUAUAUUUUGAUUUGUUUAACACUUUUUUGGUUACUACAUGAUUCCAUAUGUGUUAUUUCAUAGUUUUGAUGUCUUCAUUAUUAUUCUACAAUGUAGAAAAUAGUAAAAAUAAAUAAAAACCCUUGAAUGAGUAGGUGUGUCCAAUCAUUUGACCGGUACUGUAUAUAUAUAACCUUUUUUAGUAAAAGGUUAUUUAAUCUCGACUAAAGAACCAAAAGGUUCUAUAUAGAACCCCAAAGAACCCUUUUUUUCUAAGAGUGUACCGACUCUAAAAAGGCUAACGAUGCUAGUGCUGCUCCUGCUAUUGAUUAUACAAUCCUGGGGCAAGGACAAGGCCGUGUGAAUUCAACUGUGUGUGUGGGGAGGAGUGUGUGCGCGCGCAAGGCAGUGUGUGAAUGGACAUUUCCUCUCUCUCUCUCUGCUCGGCUGAAUAGAGAGCUAAUCGUUCAGUCUCCAAUGCUACCAAUGUCACACACACUCCCGUCACAAUCCAUCUCUGUCUAAUCCAAGGGUGUCAAACAUACGGGGGGGGGGACGCAAUAUACUUAAAAAUUACAAAACACAAAUCGAAACGGUGUAUAAAUUAUAAUGGACGUAGAUUCAUACAGUUUCUUGACUUUGUACAGCUCGUUUAUAAUCACCGAUAAGAAAGCUAGACAGCAUUGAAAAUUCCAAAGACUAUGGAUAGAAUACUUUUAUUUGCACAUUUUGACGGUGAGGAAAUAUAACACGUUUUCAGUCCGGCCCUCCGGACCUCUUUGAAGACCGAAUGCGGCCAAAAUGAGUUUGACACCCUUGUUCUAAUCCAUCAUAUACAUUAACGUCAUUUAGCAGACGCUCUUAUCCAGAGCGAUUUACAGUACUGAGUGCAUACAUUUUCAUACUGGUCCCCCGUGGGAAUCGAACCCACAACCUUAGCAUUGCAAGUGCCACACUCUACCAACUGAGCCACCUGGGACCACAGACACAUACGCACCACACAUGUACACACACGCACAUACACACGCAUCCUGUCCAGUCAUUCUUAUUGUGGUGUGAUAAAGUGUUCUUGGCUGCUCUCUGAUAACCUCUCAUUAUCACCCCUAGUACUCCUCCAACUAUUUUAAAAGCAUCUGGAGAAUAGGAAUGCUCUAUCUCUCUUUCUCUGGUCCGAGAACAGUAUAUUUAAUUAAAAGACAGAGACAAGUCAUCCACAGUAGCUCAUCAAAGACCAUUGAAUAACCUCUCUCUCUCUCUCUCACUCUCUCUCUCUCUCUCUCUCUCUCUCUCUCUCUCUCUCUCUCUCUCGCUCUCGCUCUGUCUCUCGCUCUCGCUCUCGAUCUGUCUCUCGCUCUCUCUCUCUCUCUCUCUCUCUCUCUCUCUCUCUCUCUCUCUCCCUCUCUCUCUCUCUCUCUCUCUCUCUCUCUCUCUCUCUCUCUCUCUCUCUCUCUCUCUCUCUCUCUCUCUCUCUCUCUCCAGUCCCAGGCCAUGCGUAUCGUGCGGACGGUGGGCCAGGCAUUCGAGGUGUGUCAUAAACUCAGCUUGCAACACACACACCAGAACGCAGAUGGACAGGAGGACGCAGACAGUGACAAGACCUGCAACGAGGAGUCCACGCUCUCAGGUGAAUACCCACACACCAACACACUCCUGAUUGAGUGUAAGAGGCCAUUUGAGAGGAUAGCAUCACAGAUGAGUCAGUCUAUAGAGAGAGACUGUGACUGUGGAACAGAACAGUGGUGGGAUGACUCUGGCUCCAGUGACUGCUGGGUCCUUUCAUAUGGAGAUGAGCCCACAGUACCCACGCGCUACGCUCACACACACACACACACUGUCUGCAUUGACCCCCUCCUUUGCACCAAAUAUUUUGACUCAUCACAGUUAUUCCUUGUGUUAUUAUCUUUCUAUUAUUUUUAUAUUGUUUUCUGCAUUGUUGGGAAGAGCCCGUAAGUAAGCAUUUCAUUGUUAGUCUACACCUGUUGUUUAUGAAGCAUGUGACAAAUACAAUUUGAUUUGAUUUGACACGCACACACACACACAUGAGAGCUGAUCCCUGCUCUCUCUGUCUCUCCCAAUAGUGUAAGCCUCAGGAGCCUCUGAGCACAGCCAAUGGGCUUAUCUGGAGUGUUAAUUGUCAGAGCUGGGAGAACAAGAGAACCACAGGAGAACACCUUAAUGAAGCUCCUCUCCUCCUGCCCCCUCUCUUUUUUUGUCAUCCUUCCUCAUCUUUUGGUGUAGCAACUUUCAACAAAAUACCUCUGAGUCCUCUCCCCUCCGCUCUCAUCUUUUUAUCUUUCUCUACCUCUUUUGGUGUAGCAACUUUCAAAAAAAUACCUCUGAGUCCUCUCCACUCCUCCCUCAUCUUUUUAUCUUUCUCUACCUCUUUUGGUGUAGCAACUUUCAAAAAAAUACCUCUGAGUCCUCUCCACUCCUCCCUCAUCUUUUUAUCUUUCUCUACCUCUUGUGGUGUAGCAACUUUUUUUCUAACAACAAAGUCUGUUACUCCAUUGGCCGUCCUUCUGUGGUGUUUCCUUGACGAUGUGUUGGUGUGUUUGUUCUCUCAGCCCGGGAGUUAACAGGAGCGGAGAAGUCGGCGGUUGCUGUGGAGACAGACAUCGAUGCGGAGGAGGCUCCCUUACCAUUACCGGACAGUACGGUUGAGGAGUUUAACCGCGGCGUCACUGACCUGGACGGAGUGGAUGCUACCGCCAACACUGACCACACACACCUCAACAACAUCGACAAUGACAAGAAGGUAUGGCUGUGUGUGUAUGUGUUUUGGUGGUGAGGUUGGGGUGUGUUUGAAGGGGAGAGAGGGGUGCAAGCCAAGCGGGACGAAAGUUCCAUAUAUACAGUAUUCUAACUAAGGGCUGGAAUGAGAGAACACAGUAAUUGCUUGUUAGACCAGUUAAUACAAUACCAUUGGUCUAUCUACUGUAUAGAUUGCUUACACCAGGGAAUACAAUACCAUUGGUCAAUCUAUAGAUUGCUUGGACCAGGGAAUACAAUACCAUUGGUCUAUCUAUAGAUUGCUUGGACCAGAGAAUACAAUAUAUUGUGGCCUGUCUAGAGGGGCUUGAGGAGGCGGAAAACAAUAUUGUGUGGCCCUUGUAUAGGUUGAUAUGUACAGUGACACUUAUUUUGUGAGUCAGGGAGAACCCACACACACACACAGCAUUGUCUGAUGUUACGACAGAUUGAGUUAUAUUGGGUAAAAUUGCUAUUCUUGGAUCGAAGACUGAAUAAUUGUUUCCUCUAUCUCUAGACUGCUUGGACAGGGUGGAAGCAUGAUGUAGUUUACAUGUAACAUAAACAAUCCAUUUAAUUAUGUACAUGUCAGUAGUUAUAACUUAGUUAACACGUAGUUACCAUGUAAUUAACGUGGCGUUAACAUGUAGUUAGCGCCACACUCACAACUAUAAACAUAAGCCCAUAAUUAGCUUUGCUACAGCAUGCUUACAUCAAGAAUGUAGUUAUUUCUAGCUAGUAUCUUCUAGUAGUCAGAUAGCUUGCAGUUACUAUAGAGAGGGUAAAUGGAGGUCUGUGAGGUGAAGUCUAUUCUUGAAUUCCAUUAACCUUUUCAUGCCUGAGUUCCAAAUAUCUCUAACGGUCACCCCAGAAUAAGUUUUUGUAUGCGUGUGAUGUCAGAAUGCACUCACUGUUCCAAAAUGUGAUUGUUACGCAACAGGACAGUUAACCCACACUGCCCUCAAACCAAGGCUCGCUGCCUGCUAAUUAUCUAACAGUUUGAAUUGAGGUGUGUUCCGCCUCCUCAUUAAUUCACAUAAGAAGUAGCCCAUUUUACUGUUGCGGAAGAUUUAUGUUUGAGGCUUUACUGAGCCGGACAAACUUCUCUCUUCGACGAGAGCCCAAGCAUUUCCCCAGUUUUUCCCCAGACCAUGUAUGCAGAUAUUUGCACAUCUCUAGUCGGAACAGGCCUUGCACUAACUUUUUCCCCCUGGCACAUUUUCUGGCUGGCGCCCACAUUGCCUUCAUUGUUGUUUUCCUUACUAAUAAUAACUUUGGGCAUGUGUGCGUUCCUUUCAAAGUGCCUUAUUUUCUGUAUAUUGUGUUGUCGUUUCUACUGUAGCAUACCGUAUGUACACUACAUGACCAAAAGUAUGUUGAACAUCUCAUUCAAAAAUCAUGGGCAUUAAUAUGGAGUUGGUCCCCCCUUUGCUGCUAUAACAGGCUCCACUCUUCUGGGAAGGCUUUCCACUAGAUGUUGGAACAUUGCUAUGAUUUGCUUCCAUUCAGCCACAAGAGCAUUAGUGAAUCAUGAAAAACAGCCCCAGACCAUUAUUCCUCCUCCAACAAACUUUACAGUUGGCACUAUGCAUUGGGGCAGGUAGCGUUUUCCUGGCAUCCACCAAACCCAGAUUAGUCCGUCGGACUGCCAGAUGGUGAAGCGUGAUUCAUCACUCCAGAGAACGCGUUUCCACUGCUCCAGAGUCCAAUGGUGGCGAGCUUUACACCACUCUAGCUGACGCUUGGCAUUGCGCAUGGUGAUCUUAGGCUUGUGUGCGGCUGCUCGGCCAUGGAAACCCAUUUCCAUGGCCGACGAACAGUUAUUGUGCUGACGUUGCUUCAAGAGGCAGUUUGGAACUCGGUAGUGAGUGUUGCAACCGAGGACAGACGAUUUUUACGCGCUACGUGCUUCAGCACUCGGCGGUCCCGUUCUGUGAGCUUGUCCCCCAUCAUAGUAAUAUUUCCUGCAUCAUAUCCCCCCAAGAUACCUUGCCCCAUUUCUAUCCCCAAUGGACUUGAAAACCCUUCACAAAUUAAAUGAACCCCCCCAAACCCCCCUAAAAUGGCUUCAUCCAUAUCUGGCAAUCUUGUUUAGCUUUUACGCAACGGUUAGGCUAGGCAGUAGGCUUGUAUUUGGGGUGAUGAUCUGUGAGGCGAUAACAUUUUAUUUGCUUUGUGAUUUGUCAAAAACUGUAAACGACUUGUAAAGUCAUGUGCUCCGGUGCUUGUAACAAGUACAUCGAAGAUUUCUAAUAUGUUAAAAAGUGGCCAAACUAAGUUCAUAUUUUUCAGGCAAUGGGCGCAGCCAUCUUUGACUUUGACUUUGUUUAUUUGCGUCUUAUAGUGAAUGGCAUUCUGGGAUUAGGGAGUUUUCGCUUGUCAAACAUAAACAAACAUAGCUGCCAUCAUAAAUAAUUGAGUUGCUGUUAGCUUAGUCGACAUGCAUUUAUUUUCUCAACAAUAUUACAUUUCUCCCUUGUGCUCACCAGAGAUGUGGUACAUUGUAAACAAGUCUAGCUGUUAGGUCACUAACUUAUGUUUUUGUCAGCCAACCUGUUAAUUAGACUGGUUUAUGGAAUGAGUUUGGCUGUGUAUGUGUUCCGUGUGAUGCUUGGAUGAUGAAGUUCGCAUUUAUCUUUUACAAUAAAAGGUGAAAUUGAGGAAUAAAGUUGGGAAGACCUUUAUUUCCCAUCAGUACAAAACAUUGUUUAGAUGCUUUUCAGACAACAAUGCUGUUUAGACGCGUUUGUUGCAUCAUACGUUCUGUUGCUACUGUUCAAAUCACAUAUUUACGAUGGUACGCUGCAGGGACCACUCAACAAUGAUUACAAAUAUGUGAUCGUACGCAUCAAAGGGUUAAAGAUUAUGUUAUGUUAUGGAACGGCGUGUUCUAUAUGGAUCAGAAUGGAACCAACAUGGUGUGAAAUCACUACAACAACAGAGGGUUAGGAAAGGCCUUGCUCACCCCCUUGAGUCAGUGUGUGUGUGCGUGUGUGAAUGUGUGUGUGCACAUGAUGGAUUAGAUAGAGAUGGAUUGGGACGGGAGUGUGUGACAUUGGUAGUAGAGGUGUGGUGUGUGUGUAUGUGUGUAUGUAUGUGUGUGUGUGUGUGUGUGUGUGUGUGUGUGUGUGUGUGUGUGUGUGUGUGUGUGUGUGUGUGUGUGUGUGUGUGUGUGUGUGUAGGGGGGAGGGGGAGGGUUGUGUAUACCUCAUCCACUGUGGGUUUUCUGGAAGCUCAUGAAAGGAAAGGAGAUAAAAAGCUUAAGGUCUAUUUUCUCCUGUCAGGUCUCAUUCAUCUGACGAUGCCUUUUACUUCCAACCGCUCCUUGGUCACAGGCACAAAUCAAUCCAACGACAUCAUGUGAACAACUUGCAAGACACCAAGGCUAGUGUUGUGGAUUAAAGGCACAGUCCGUAGGUUCUCUGUCCCCUGGGCCAACAAGGUGAAAUAGAAACUUACAUUUGAGUCAAAAAAGGAUAUUCAUAUGAUAGGUAAGGUAUACAAAACCUUGGUUGAAAGUUGGUUGCAAUUUCAAUUAAAUCCUCCAAAAACGACAGAACAAAUAAUUCAACAAAUAUUGUGGUUAAACUCAAACAUACUAAUUGAUAAAAAAAUAUAUAUAUAUUUAUAGUCUUCGUAAAUGAUAUCAUAGGUAGAACUGGUGGAGUUUUGUCGCACAUGCAGCUAACAAAAAACAUAUGGAAAUGUCUGCUCUACCCAAAAUUACAACCAAAUAAUUGCAGCAUUACCGCAAAAAUGGAAGAGGAAAGUGGAAGGGGGAAAAGUAAGGAACUUGUCUGUCGGCCCUGCAUUAAAGACCAUAAUUGGUUAAAGAAAAUUGUGAUAAAUAAAAAAGUAUACCAGUUUCAUUUGAGGACCAAAGGAUUGGCAGCUGUCCCAUAUAGAUUGCAAAAUAGUUGGGAAGAGAUUUUUGACGUACCGAUUCCAUGGCAAAUGGUUUAUGAACUGAUGCGCAAAACAACACCGGAUUGAAAACGUAUAAUUUUUCAAUUUAAAUUAUUAUAAGAAUUAUUGCAACCAGUAGAAUGUUAUUUAUAUGGGGGAUACAAUCUUCCCAGCUCUGCAGAUUUUGCUGUGAAGAGACAGAAUCAUUCGAUCAAUUGUUUUGGUAGUGUCCAUUUCUAGCUUGUUUUUGGUCCAGGAAUGGCUGAAGGAGUGCAAUAUUUACAGUGGGGAAAAAAAGUAUUUAGUCAGCCACCAAUUGUGCAAGUUCUCCCACUUAAAAAGAUGAGAGAGGCCUGUAAUUUUCAUCAUAGGUACACGUCAACUAUGACAGACAAAAUGAGAUUUUUUUUCUCCAGAAAAUCACAUUGUAGGAUUUUUAAUGAAUUUAUUUGCAAAUUAUGGUGGAAAAUAAGUAUUUGGUCAAUAACAAAAGUUUCUCAAUACUUUGUUAUAUACCCUUUGUUGGCAAUGACACAGGUCAAACGUUUUCUGUAAGUCUUCACAAGGUUUUCACACACUGUUGCAGGUAUUUUGGCCCAUUCCUCCAUGCAGAUCUCCUCAAGAGCAGUGAUGUUUUGGGGCUGUCGCUGGGCAACACGGACUUUCAACUCCCUCCAAAGAUUUUCUAUGGGUUUGAGAUCUGGAGACUGGCUAGGCCACUCCAGGACCUUGAAAUGCUUCUUACGAAGCCACUCCUUCGUUGCCCGGGCAGUGUGUUUGGGAUCAUUGUCAUGCUGAAAGACCCAGCCACGUUUCAUCUUCAAUGCCCUUGCUGAUGGAAGGAGGUUUUCACUCAAAAUCUCACGAUACAUGGCCCCAUUCAUUAUUUCCUUUACACGGAUCAGUCGUCCUGGUCCCUUUGCAGAAAAACAGCCCCAAAGCAUGAUGUUUCCACCCCCAUGCUUCACAGUAGGUAUGGUGUUCUUUGGAUGCAACUCAGCAUUCUUUGUCCACCAAACACGACGAGUUGAGUUUUUACCAAAAAGUUAUAUUUUGGUUUCAUCUGACCAUAUGACAUUCUCCCAAUCCUCUUCUGGAUCAUCCAAAUGCACUCUAGCAAACUUCAGACGGGCCUGGACAUGUACUGGCUUAAGCAGGGGGACACGUCUGGGACUGCAGGAUUUGAGUCCCUGACGGCGUAGUGUGUUACUGAUGGUAGGCUUUGUUACUUUGGUCCCAGCUCUCUGCAGGUCAUUCACUAGGUCCCCCCGUGUGGUUCUGGGAUUUUUGCUCACCGUUCUUGUGAUCAUUUUGACCCCACGGGGUGAGAUCUUGCGUGGAGCCCCAGAUCGAGGAAGAUUAUCAGUGGUCUUGUAUGUCUUCCAUUUCCUAAUAAUUGCUCCCACAGUUGAUUUCUUCAAACCAAGCUGCUUACCUAUUGCAGAUUCAGUCUUUCCAGCCUGGUGCAGGUCUACAAUUUUGUUUCUGGUGUCCUUUGACAGCUCUUUGGUCUUGGCAAUAGUGGUGUUUGGAGUGUGACUGUUUGAGGUUGUGGACAGGUGUCUUUUAUACUGAUAACAAGUUCAAACAGGUGCCAUUAAUACAAGUAACGAGUGGAGGACAGAGGAGCCUCUUAAAGAAGAAGUUACAGGUCUGUGAGAGCCAGAAAUCUUGCUUGUUUGUAGGUGACCAAAUACUUAUUUUCCACCAUAAUUUGCAAAUAAAUUCAUUAAAAAUCCUACAAUGUGAUUUUCUGGAUUUUUUUCCCUCUAUUUGUCUGUCAUAGUUGACCUUGACCUAUGAUGAAAAUUACAGGCCUCUCUCAUCUUUUUAAGUGGGAGAACUUGCACAAUUGGUGGCUGACUAAAUACUUUUCCCCCCCAAUGUAUAUAUAUAUAUAUAUAUUUGCGGGGAAAAAAACAAACAGGGGAUUGGAAGUGAUGCAGACAAUUACAUUGAUGGAAGUUACAAUCUACCUGCAAUAUUAAAGCUGAUGUACCCCUUUAAAAAAAUUAUAUUCAAAACCUUGCAGAGAGCCUAUCCAACUGACAAUCUCUUAGAAAAAAAAUGGAAACUAUUGGAACCAAGACUUAAAAAUAACUGAUAUUGGCACAAGAUGGAGGGAAUGUUGGAACAUAACAAACAGAAUUACAGUUAACGUAAAAUGUACUGUUAAUCCAGUAUAAACGAAUGUAUCGAAUUUAUUACACAAGAGACAAUAUUCACAAAUUCUACAGCACAACGGCAGAGUCUUGUCUUAAGUGUAAAACUAACAAUGACUCAAUAAUCCAUGCCUUCUGGGAGUGCUAUAAAGUCCAAAAGUUAUGGGCGGAGUUAGAAGGUUGGCUGUCCGAAGUAUUACAAUGUACAGUGCAUUCGGAAAGUAUUCAGACCUCUUGACUUUUUCCACAUUUUGUUACGUUACAGCCUUAUUCUAAAAUGGAUUAAAUAAAAAAAAUCCUCAACAAUCUACACACAAUACCCCAUAAUAACAAAGUGAAAACAGGUUUUUAGAAAUGUUCGCAAAUUUAUUAAACAGAAAAACAGAAAUACCUUAUUUACAUAAGUAUUCAGACCCUUUGCUAUGAGACUCGAAAUUGAGCUCAGGUGCAUCCUGUUUCCAUUGAUCGUCCUUGAGAUGUUUCUACAACUUGAUUGGAGUCCACCUGUGGUAAAUUCAAUUGAUUGAUGAUUUGGAAAGGCACACCUGUCUAUAUAAGGUCCCACAGUUGACAGUGCAUGUCAGAGAUAAACCAAGCCACGAGAUCAAAGGAAUUGUCUGUAGAGCUCUGAGACAGGAUUGUGUCAAGGCACAGAUCUGGGGAAGGGUACCAAAACAUUUCUGCAGCAUUGAAGGUCCCCAAGAACACGGUGGCCUCCAUCAUUCUUAAAUGGAAGAAGUUUGGAACUACCAAGACUCUUCCUAGAGCUGGCCGCCUGGCCAAACUGAGCAAUCGGGGGAGAAGGGCCUUGGUCAGGGAGGUGACCAAGAACCCAAUGGUCACUCUGACAGAGCUCUACAGAUCCUCUGUGGAGAUGGGAGAACCUUCCAGAAGGACAACCAUCUCUGCAGCACUCCACCAAUCAGGCCUUUAUGGUAGAGUGGCCAGACAGAAGCCACUCCUCAGUAAAAGACACAUGACAGCCUGCUUGGAGUUUGCCAAAAGGCACCUAAAGACUCUCAGACCAUGAAAAACAACAUUAUCUGGUCUGAUGAAACCAAGAUUGAACUCUUUGACCUGAAUGCCAAGCGUCACGUCUGGAGGAAACCUGGCACCAUCCGUAAGGUGAAGCAUGGUGGUGGCAGCAUCAUGCUGUGGGGGUGUUUUUCAGCGGCAGGGACUGGGAGACUAGUCAGGAUCGAGGCAAAGAUGAAUGGAGCAAAGUACAGAGAGAUCCUUGAUGAAAACCUGCUCCAGAGCGCUCAAGACCUCAGACUGGGGGAAGGUUCACCUUCCAACAGGACAACAACCCUAAGCACACAGCCAAGACAACGCAGGAGUGGCUUCGGGACAAGUGUCUGAAUGUCCUUGAGUGGCCCAGCCAGAGCCCGGACUUGAACCCGAUCAAACAUCUCUGGAGAGACCUGAAAAUAGCUUUGCAGGGACGCUCCCCAUCCAACCUGACAGAGCUUGAGAGGAUCUGCAGAGAAGAAUGGGAGAAACUCCCCAAAUACAGGUGUGCCAAGCUUGAUUCAUCGCUACCAGCUGGCUACAACAACAACAAAACGGACGCUGUGGUCUGGCUAAUCAUCCCGAGCUAGGCCCAUCUCCCGGCUAUCUACCUCUCUAUCAACCGGACGGGACCACCUAGUGUUGACACGGAGCCCCGCCGAUCCUACACGACUGGUCUGCCGACGAAAUCGUCUGAUGUGGUUACGACGUUAACCACGAAGAUUCCAUCCAUCUGCUAGCCCUGGCCCGUUAGCACACGUUAUCCGUGGCCUCUUACUCACUAAACUGAACUAGCUACUGAACUAGCUACUUGCUAUUAGCCACAGCUAGCGGUGUUGCACCCAGAAUAUUGGAUUUUUUUCCGCGGGAUUAAUUUUUAAUUACUGGACAUUGAUCACCGGAUAUUCGGACAGUCUGCACAGCGCGUUAUCGACCCAGAACAUAUCAGUUUUUCCGCCGGAAUCACUGAAUCACUGGACCUUUAACUCCGGAUUCAUCGCUACCAGCUGGCUACAACAAAACGGACGUAGCACACGCUAGCCGUGGCCUCUUACUCACUAGCGCUUCACCACCGGACCUUUUGAUAACUCAGCUAUACAGCUGAUAUCUGCUGGACUGUUCCUUUUUACGGUACUACAUCCUGUUUAUGUUUAGCCUCAGCCCAAACAUGGUUAGUUUAUUGUUGUUUCGGUUAUUUCUAAUUGUACUAUAUCACUGUAGACCCCCCAGCCUAGCUAAACCUGCCUUAGUUAGCUCCUUUGUCCCUCCGCCCAUACACUCAGAGACCGACUCAAUUGAUGCCUCUAGAGAUACUAUCUCUUUCAUUGUAACCCAACGCUUAGGUUUACCUCCACUUUACUCAUAUCCUUCCAUAUCCUUGUCUGUACAUAAUGCCCUGAAUCUUUUCUAUAACACCCGGAAAUCUGUCCCCUUUAUUCUAUGUACCCAACGCACUAGAAGACCAGUUCUUAAAGCCUUUAGCCGUAUCCUUAUUCUAGUCCUCCUCUGUUCCUCUGGUGAUGUAGAGGCUAACCCAGGCCCUGUAGCCCCCAGUAUCACUCCUACUCCCCAGGAGCUAUCAUUUGAUGACUUCUGUAAUCGCAAAAGUCUUGGUUUCUUGCACAUAAAUAUCAGAAGUCUACUUCCUAAGUUUGAGUUAUUCACUGCGUUAGCCCACUCUGCCAACCCUGAUGUUCUAGCAGUGUCUGAAUCCUGGCUCAGGAAGGCCACCAAAAAUUCUGAAAUUUCCAACAUUUUCCGUCUAGAUAGAACUGCCAAAGGGGGUGGAGUUGCAAUCUACUGUAGAGAUAGCCUGCAGAGCUCUAUCAUACUAUCCAGGUCUGUGCCCAAACAGUUUGAGCUUCUACUUCUAAAAAUCCACCUUUCCAGAAAUAAGUCUCUCAUUGUUGCCGCUUGCUACAGACCCCCCUCAGCCCCCAGCUGUGCCCUGGACACCAUAUGUGAAUUGAUUGCCCCCCAUUUAUCCUCUGAGUUUGUACUGCUUGGUGACCUAAAUUGGGAUAUGCUUAAUACCCCAGCCAUCCUACAAUCCAAGCUAGAUGCCCUCAACCUCACGCAAAUUAUCAACGAACCUACCAGGUACAACCCUAAAUCCUUAAACAUGGGUACCCUCAUAGAUAUCAUCCUGACUAACAUACCCUCUAAAUACACCUCAGCUGUCUUUAACCAGGAUCUCAGUGAUCACUGCCUUAUUGCCUGCGUCCGUAACGGGUCUGCGGUCAAACGACCACCCCUCAUCACUGUCAAACGCUCCCUAAAACACUUUAGCGAGGAGGCCUUCCUAAUUGACCUGGCCCAGGUAUCCUGGAUGGAUAUAGAUCUCAUUCCGUCAGUAGAGGAUGCCUGGUUGUUCCUUAAAAGUAAUUUCCUCUCAAUCUUAAAUAAACAUGCCCCAUUCAAAAAAUACAGAACUAAGAACCGAUAUAGCCCCUGGUUCUCCUCAGACUUGACUGCCCUUGACCAGCACAAAAACAUCCUGUGGCGUACAGCAUUAGCAUCAAAUAGCCCCCGCGAUAUGCAACUUUUCAGGGAAGUUAGGAACCAAUAUACACAAGCAGUCAGGAAAGCAAAGGCUAACUUUUUCAAACAGAAAUGUGCAUCCUGUAGCACUAACUCCAAAAAGUUUUGGGACACUGUAAAGUCCAUGGAGAAUAAGAGCACUUCCUCCCAGCUGCCCACUGCACUGAGGCUAGGAAACACUAUCACCACCGAUAAAUCUACAAUAAUCGAGAAUUUCAACAAGCAUUUUGCUACAGCUGGCCAUGCUUUCCAUCUGGCUACCACUAACCCGGCCACCAACUCUGCACCCUCUGCUGCAACUUGCCCAUGCCCCCCCCGCUUCUCCUUCACACAAAUUCAGACAGCUGAUGUUUUGAAAGCGCUGCAAAAUCUGGACCCCUACAAAUCAGCUGGGCUAGACAAUCUGGACCCUUUCUUUCUAAAACUAGCCGCCGAAAUUGUUGCAACCCCUAUUACUAGUCUGUUCAACCUCUCUUUCAUAACGUCUGAGAUCCCCAGAGAUUGGAAAGCUGCCGCGGUCAUCCCCCUCUUCAAAGGGGGUGACACUCUAGAUCCAAACUGCUACAGACCUAUAUCCAUCCUGCCCUGCCUUUCGAAAGUAUUCGAAAGCCAAGUUAACAAACAGAUCAUCGACCAUUUCGAAUACCACCGUACCUUCUCCGCUAUGCAAUCCGGUUUCCGAGCUGGUCACGGGUGCACUUCAGCCACGCUCAAGGUCCUAAACGAUAUUAUAACCACGAUUGAUAAUAGACAGUACUGUGCAGCCGUCUUCAUCGACCUGGCCAAGGCUUUCGACUCUGUCAACCACCACAUUCUUAUUGGCAGACUAAAUAGCCUUGGUUUCUCAAAUGACUGCCUCGCCUGGUUCACCAACUACUUCUCAGAUAGAGUUCAGUGUGUCAAAUCGGAGGGCCUGUUGUCUGGACCUAUGGCAGUCUCUAUGGGGGUGCCACAGGGUUCAAUUCUUGGGCCGACACUUUUCUCCGUGUAUAUCAAUGAUGUCGCUCUUGCUGCUGGUGACUCUCAGAUCCACCUCUACGCAGACGACACCAUUUUGUAUACAUCUGGCCCUUCAUUGGACACUGUGUUAACAAACCUCCAAACGAGCUUCAAUGCCAUACAACAAUCCUUCAGUAGCCUUCAACUGCUCUUAAACACUAGUAAAACUAAAUGCAUGCUUUUCAAUCGAACGCUGCUAGCACCCGCCCAUCCGACUAGAAUCACCACUCUCGACGGGUCUGACCUAGAGUAUGUGGACAACUACAAAUAUCUAGGUGUCUGGUUAGACUGUAAACUCAACUUCCAGACUCACAUAAAGAAUCUCCAAUCCAAAGUUAAAUCUAGAAUCGGCUUCCUAUUUCGCAACAAAGCCUCCUUCACUCAUGCUGCCAAACAUGCCCUCGUAAAACUGACUAUCCUACCGAUCCUUGACUUCGGCGAUGUCAUUUACAAAAUAGCCUCCAACACUCUACUCAGCAAAUUGGAUGUAGUCUAUCACAGUGCCAUCCGUUUUGUCUCCAAAGCCCCAUGCACUACCCACCACUGUGACCUGUACGCUCUUGUUGGCUGGUCCUCACUACAUGUUCGUCGUCAAACCCACUGGCUCCAGGCCAUCUAUAAAUCACUGCUAGGCAAAUCCCCGCCUUAUCUAAGCUCAUUGGUCACCAUAGCAGCACCCACCCGUAGUCUGCGCUCCAGCAGGUAUAUCUCACUGGUCAUUCCCAAAGCCAACACCUCCUUUGGCCGCCAUUCCUUCCAGUUCUCUGCUGCCAAUGACUGGAAAGAAUUGCAAAAAUCUCUGAAGCUGGAGACUCUUAUCUCCCUCAAUAACUUUAAGCAUCAGUUGUCAGAGCACCUUACCGAUCACUGCACCUGUACACAGCCCAUCUGAAAUUAGCCCACCCAACUACCUCAUCCCUAUAUUGUUAUCUAUUUUGCUCUUUUGCACCCCAGUAUCUCUAUUUGCACAUCAUCUCUUGCACAUCUAGCAUUCCAGUGUUAAUACUAUUGUAAUUAUUCUGCACUAUAGCCUAUUUAUUGCCUUACCUCCAUAACUUGCUACAUUUGCACACACUGUAUAUAUAUUUUCUGUUGUAUUUCUGACUUUAUGUUUUUUUACCCCAUAUGUAACUCUGUGUUGUUUUUAUUGCACUACUUUGCUUUAUCUUGGCCAGGUCGCAGUUGUAAAUGAGAACCUGUUCUCAACUGGCUUACCUGGUUAAAUAAAGGUGAAAAAAAUAAAAAAUAAAUAAAAUUGUAGCGUCAUACCCAAGAGGACUCGAGGCAGUAAUCGCUGCCAAAGGUGCUUCAGCAAAGUGCUGAGUAAAGGGUCUGAAUACUUAUGUAAAUGUGAUAUUCCAAUUUUCAAUUUUUAAUAAAUUAGCAUUUUGGGGUAUUGUGUGUAAUUUGAUGAGCAAAAUAAAACAAUUGUAGCAUUUUUAGAAUAAGGCUGUAACAUAGCAAAAUGUGGAGAAAGUCAAUGGGUCCGAAUACUUUCCGAAUGCACAGUAAAUGUACUUUGCCUGCAUAUUUCAAGACAUGGCAUAUGAGGGUGCAGUGAGAUACCCGAUGGGUUGGACGAUACUUUUCUCGUCAAUCAUCUUGAGAAAACGUAUACUUAAAAACUGGAAAUCAACCAAUCAACACAAUGGAAAAGUCAAAUGCUUUAUUAAUGAAAUGUUGAAAAUGCGUUGGUUGACGGAGAGAAACAAAAUGGUCCAGUUUGAGGCCUAUUGGACUAGGUUUUGUUGGGUUGUUUAGAUUAUACUACUGGUGUCCCUGAACUCUGCUCUGCUUUGCUCUGCUGUUAUCUGGAUGUGAGUUGUAGAACAAACAGCUUCGAGGUGUGCAGUCUUUUUCUACUCAACUCUUAUCCUCCCCUCUCCUGUUCAGAUGCCUGCAGGUGUGUUUGAAUGUUUGAAAGAAAACAUUUGUUUUAAUGGCGCAUACUGCUUACGCUGCCCAACAGAUGACCUCGGAAACUAUCUUCAGCAGGAGACUGGGAUGCUACUGCUUGCUCUCUUUCUCUCUCUCUCUUUUUCUCUCUCUCUCUUUUUUUCUCUCUCUCUCUCUAACAUGCUCUCUUUCUCUCUCUCUCUCACUCUCUCUCUAACAUGCUCUCUCUCACUCACUCUCUCUCUCAGUUUUGCUCUCUCUCUUCUCCUCUGUAUCAGUAAAUAAUUCAAAGUGCCAACUUUCCAAGGCGUAUUGUUGUUUUCACCACAUGGCUGAAGAAUCAGGAAGAUGGCAUGUUAAGUGUUCAGUGGUGUGUGUAUGUGUAAAUAAAUUAUGACAGUGUGUGUUUUUCAGCAGUGUCUAACCCGAACAACUUCAGAACAACAACCACUUAGCCUGAUAUCCAUUAACUACCCAAACACAACACUGAAACAUUAACGAUAUGCAUGUAUCAAUAGUUUGAAUGUGCUGCUAACUACUAAAAUGCUGUUUUAGCCUCUCCUCUCCGACUAGUUGUCAUUUGCCAAACCCUGUGAUAGAAAUCAUCUGUCAUGAAUGAUGUCUUCACUGAUUGGAUCAGCUCUUCACUUACAGAAACUCUCUCUCCCUGUUGCGCCGCAUGGAAUUACUAUAGUAACACUGGAGUCAUUCAGUCUGCUCAUUUAAACACUGUGUCCUUGAAGACUCACUGUAUCAGCUACCGUAAACAUGGCCACUGGCACAGACAGUUCUGAGGGAAGGGACCUCUUAGCAUUAAGAUUAGAAUGCAUACUCCUCUGCUGCACGCACGCGAACACACACACACACACACACCCACCCACACUUCUCCCCUCCCUCCAUUACCCCAGGUCUAGAGGCAAUGACCUGGCUGUGCUUAGUCGUACUGAGCAGGCCAUUAAUAUCAGUCAUCAAUAGUAACGUCACAGACACAGACAGACACAGUGCUUUAUUUAUGAACACAGAAUACCCACAGAAUACAGAUACAAAUCUGUAUAUCGCACCACUGUAUAUGCUGGGUUUUUAACGCUCAACCGUUUCAAGAGUGUAUCAAGAAUGGUCCACCACCCAAAUUACAUCCAGCCAUCUUGACACAACUGUGGGAAGCAUUGGAGUCAACAUGGGCCAGCAUCCCUGUGGAACGCUUUCGAUACCUUGUAGAGUCCAUGGCCCGACAAAUUGAGGCUGUUCUGAGGGCAAAAGGGGGGGUGCACCACAUAUUAGGAAGGUGUUCCUAAUGUUUGAUAUACUCAGUGUAUAUCACACCACUCAGACGAAAUUCUUAAAGAUACUGCAGUAAUUCUACAAUAAGAUGCACUUAUGGUAGUCUUAUUAUGGCAGUGACUGUUUAAGUUUCAUUGUGUGUGUGUGUGGUUUGGUUUUCCUAUCCUUGUGGAGACCAGAAGUCCUCACAAGGAUAGUAAAACAAGGACAAUUCAAACAACUGGGGUCGCAGGUCCCCACAAGGAAAAAGACUACUUUAGGCUUAGGGGUUAGGUUUAGGGUUAGGGUUACAAUUAGGGUUAGAAUUAGGGGUUAGGGUUAGGAGAGGAUUAGGUUUAGUUUUAGGGUUUGGGGUUAAGGGUUAAGGUUAGGGUUAGGAUUUUGAAUGGGAAUACAUUUUUGGUUCCCCACAAGGAUAGUAAAGCAAACGUUUGUGGGUGGGGGUUAAAUGAAGCUCAUGGAAGAAUAUACAAUAGUUAGUGUGUGAUUUAUUUGUGGCUGUUCUGCCUGUCAUCUCAGCUGUAUUACAUAAUCAGUACUCCUGCCUUCUCAUUCCCCAUGCAGGCCUCUCCGCUUGGUGCUCUCCAUCACAACAACCCCACACACACACACACACACACACACACGCACACAUAUAUUUCUAAUCCUGUCUAGAUUGUGCCUCCAGAGAGCAACUGUACUUAGUUGGCAACAGUGCUGAUGUAGCAGAGAUGGUUUGUAUUUUACUAGGCUUUAGUUCCGCAGGCUAACACAGUCUUGAAGCAUUCAGGUGACCGUGUUUAAAACUAGUCGGUCAUAGACUCGUGGGGAGAGAGAUAGAUGCACUCAGUGGGAGAGAGAUAGAUGGCUGUAACUGAGUGUGCAUAAACUGGUACAAGGCGUGGUUAUUUUGCGUGUUGGAAAAUAUUUCCUUUAUCCAGAGGUCUCUUCCUGUCCUGGAUGGUUGCCAGGAUACAGGAGGGAGUGACACUUCAGAGGUCCUUUGUUGUUGACUUCCUCCCCCGUUCCUCCCUGUUCCAAAAUAGCCUGUAGCUCCUAGCGCUCUGUGUGGAUGAGCUUCCCUUAUCCACUAUCACACACACCACUGGCAUCCCUCACCCAACCCCUAAUUCACUCCUACCUAGUCCCCACUACAUUACCCCCUAGCCCCUGCUACUCUGCCCUAUGCAUUCACCCCCCCCCCCCCACACACACACACACACACACACACACUCUCUCACUCACUCUCUCUCUCACACUCUCUCUCUCUCAGACACACAGCUCUGAGUGUGUUAUUGGUGCUGUGGGUGGAUCCAGGUUGUCAGAAGGACAGGAUAGAUAGCAGCUAGUGUAAUCACUGCUAAAGGACGAGAGAGCCAGCCUUCCUUCUCUAUCUCAGGGGUCCAUUGCUUCCUGUCUCGUUCUUCUCCCCCCCCCCCCCCCCCGUCGUCGUUGGGCUGUGUUGCUGAGUGGAUGUGGUGGCAGAGAGAUGGAUGGGCAGAUUACUGCGGCUGCAAAGGACGUCUGAGGGGACUGGGUGGAGUAAACACACACACACACACUGCCUUAUACACACUGCCAGCUGCUGUUACAACACUAGACCCAGACGGGGUGUGUGUGUGUGCGUGUGCGUGUGUGCGUUUGUGUACUCAAAGGCAGAGGGCCACAGCACUUAAGGGCUCUCAGGGCAUCCAUAGUCAGGGAGGGAGACUUGGAAUGGAACAUGCAGUGCACACUCUGAAGGGAAGGAGAUGAGUGCACUUCACAGUGUUCUCUGAAAGGAAGGAGUGGAGACUUGGAAGGGAACAUGUAGUUUACGACUGUCUCGUAUCUGGGCAUCUGAUUUCCCCUUGGAAGGGGCAGAAGUGUCCUACAGAUGCUGCAGAGAUGGUGGAAGGGAGCAGGGAGUGAGUGUGUAGCAUCUACAGCAUGUUGAAUUCUUAAUGGAUAUUGCCUUGUAACGUUGUGACAUUGAAGUGUGAACUUAGAGACAUUGGUCAUGUAAAAAAAUUAUGAGGGGUAUUUGGGAAGUGUUUUGUUUUUGUUGAUCUAAACAUAAAAGUACUUGUAGUUGUAAUUCUGUUCAGAACACGAACUUGAGACCCCAUUUUCUUCUACUCGUUUGUUUACUUGUCUGAAUAAAAAAUGCAAAUGCUGUUUCCAUCCAAAUUGGGACCAGAUUGCUGUAAACACAUUUGGCAUUCACUGCAUAAGGAUUGUUGUUUUCUCUGUCUGUUGAGUUAAACACACUUGGAAGGCUGUGGAUCAGACACAGUUAGGGAAUCUAAUCUUUAUUCAGUAUGCCUGUUAGUGUGUUGUCGUUAGCUCGUUAGAAGUGCUUGGUAUAUGUGUGUGUACGUGCGUGUCUGUCUGUCUCUUGGUGCCUGCGGGGCAUAGCACAGCCUCAGGCAAAAUGAUGCUGGGUUUUAUUCCACACAUUGGUCUCUCUGCUGAUCUCAGUGUGUAUGGUCCAGAGUGCUUUGACUGAAAGUGUUGAUAUUUCACUACUAACCAACAGAGGCCGGAGGGCCAUUGUUCAAAAACCACAAGUUUAAUGUAUUUCUCCCCAAGGCGUAGACCAAGUCAAAACACCCUGAAAUCACGAUGAAUAACAACAAUUCACUCGCUAGCCCUCUGCUUUCUUCAAAUAUACAGUAAAAAUCUACUGUUUGUUUCUUCAAAGGAAGGAGUAAAGGCGCUAUCUCUGACAACAACGGUCUUGAAUAACCUCUACUGUGUCUUUGUUAGUGAAGCUUUUAAACUACCCAUCGUACUAUAUGUGUACAGAAGACUCAGUGGAGCAUGACUCGUCACAAAGCUCUGCUUGACUGAGAGGGAUGGAUGGACACCUUUAUGGAAACUGACAGGAAGUGUCUCUCUCUGUCUCUCUACCACUCUCUGUCUCUCUCCUUACCAUUCUCCCUCUCUCUCUCUCUCCCUACCACUCUCUCUUUCAUUCUCUCUUUCUCUCCAGACCACUCUCUCUCUCUUUCUCGUUCUCUCUUUCCAUUUCUCUCCCUCUCCCCAUAUUCCCUACCAACGUAAUGUCUCAGUUUAGUUCUUCCGACCAAUACAGACAGCCUUUCUCUCUCGUUCUCUCUCUCAAUUCAAUUUUCAAUUUAAGGGCUUUAUUGGCAUGGGAAACAUACGUUAACAUUGCCAAAGCAAGUGAAAUAGAUAAUAAACAAAAGUGAAAUAAACAAUAGAAAAUGUACAGUAAACAUUACACUCACAAAAGUUCCAAAAGAAUAAAGACAUUUCAAAUGUCAUAUUAUGUCUAUAUACAGUGUUAUAAUGAUGUGCAAAUAGUACAAGUACAAAAAGGAAAAUAAAUUAACAGAAAUAUAGGUUGUAUUUACAAUUGUCACGAUCGUCGUAUACAGAGGAGGACCAAGGCGCAGCGUUGCAGGCAAACAUACUCUUUAUUAGAGACACGACAAAAACAACAAAACGAUAACGUGACAGUUCACGGUCUAACACAAACAGACUAGAAACAAGAUCCCACAACAUUUGUGGGCAAAUAGCCUCUAUAAAUAUGGCUCCCAAUCAGAGACAACCAGCCACAGCUGACACUCGUUGCCUCUGAUUGGGAACCACUCUGGCCAACACAGACAUACAACCUCUAGAAUAUCCACACCCUGGCUCAACAUAUAGAGUCCCAGAGCCAGGGUGUGACAGUACCCCCCCCUAAAGGCUCGGACUGCGACCGUGCCUAAACGUACACACACCAGGGGAGGGCUGGGUGGGCAUUCCUCCUCGGAGGCGGUUCCGGCUCCGGGCUUGACCACCACCCUUCCACCAUCCCCCCGUGGAGCCCCUGGUCCGGUCUGGCCCCGCUGGCUGGAGCUGGACCGGACAUCGUAGAAGCGGACCGCUUUGGCUACGGUGUGGAGCAGCUGACCGGUACCUUACCAGGCACCGGUGACCCAGGCACGGGUUGUGCUGGAUUGACGACGCGCACCCCUGGCUUGGUGCGUGGAGCCGGAACGGGCCGGACCGGGCUGACGACUCGCACCCCUUCCGCAUACCGCGGAACCUGCCCAGUCUCAUGCUGUCAUGCCUGAGUACGGGGAGUUGGCUCUGCUCUCCAUCCAGGCUCCGCCAACCUGCCUUCUGGCCCCCAAAACCCGGUGGCCUCCUCUCCUAAUCUCCCAAUUCGCCCUGUGGCAGCCUCCUGCUGCCCAGUCGCCCAUGCCGUGUGCCCCCCCCUAAAAAAUUAUUGGGGGUGCCACUCGCCCGUCCGACCACGGCCCGGUUGACGCCGCUUCUCCACUCCUGCCUGGGUCUCCCCCUUCAUCGCCUUCCGGUACCGGACGGCCUCCUCCUUCGUAAUCUGCCCCCAGCCGAGGAGGACAUCCACCAGCGUUACCUCCUGCGUGUGUUCCUGGACACGCUGCUUGGUCCUGGUUUGGUGGGAUCUUCUGUCACGAUAGUCGUAUAUAGAGAAGGACCAAGGCGCAGCGUUGCAGGCAAACAUAUUCUUUAUUAGAGACACGAUCAAAAACAACAAAACGAUAACGUGACAGUUCACGGUCUAACACAAACAGACUAGAAACAAGAUCCCACAACAUUUGUGGGCAAAUAGCCUCUAUAAAUAUGGCUCCCAAUCAGAGACAACCAGCCACAGCUGACACUCGUUGCCUCUGAUUGGGAACCACUCUGGCCAACACAGACAUACAACCUCUAGAAUAUCCACACCCUGGCUCAACAUAUAGAGUCCCAGAGCCAGGGUGUGACAACAAUGGUGUUUGUUCUUCACUGGUUGCCCUUUUCUUGUGGCAACAGGUCACAAAUCUUGCUGCUGUGAUGGCACACUGUGGUAUUUCACCCAAUAGAUAUGAGAGUUUAUCCUAAUUGGAUUUGUUUUCAAAUUAUUUGUGGGUCUGUGUAAUCUGAGGGAAGUAUGUGUCUCUAAUAUGGUCAUACAUUUGUCAGGAAGUUAGGAAGUGCAGCUCAGUUUCCACCUCAUUUUGUGGGCAGUGUGCACAUAGCCUGUCUUCUCUUGAGAGCCAGGUCUGCCUACGGCGGCCUUUCUCAAUAGCAAGGCUAUGAUCACUAAGUCUGUACAUAGUCAAAGCUUUCCUUAAUUUUGGGUCAGUCACAGUGGUCAGGUAUUCUGCCACUGUGUACUCUCUGUUUAGGGCCAAAUAGCGUUCUAGUUUGCUCUGUUUUUUUGUAAAUUAUUUCCAAUGUGUCAAGUAAUUAUUUUUUUGUUUUCUCAUGAUUUGGUUGAGUCUAAUUGUGUUGCUGUCCUGGGGCUCUGUGGGGUCAGUUUGUGUUUGUGAACAGAGCCUCAGGGCCAGCUUGCUUAAGGGACUCUAAUCUAGGUUAAACUCUCUGUAGGUGAUGGCUUUGUUAUGGAAGGUUUGGGAAUCGCUUCUUUUUAGGUGGUUGUAGAAUUUAACGGCUAUUUUCUGGAUUAUGAUAAUUAGCGGGUAUCUGCCUAAUUCUGCUCUGCAUGCAUUAUUUGGUGUUUUACAUUGUACACAGAGGAUUUUUUUGCAGAAUUCUGCAUGCAGAGUCUCAAUUUGUUGUUUGUCCCAUUUUGUGAAUUCUUGGUUGGUGAGCGGACCCCAGACCUCACAACCAUAAAGGACAAUGGGUUCUAUAACUGAUUGAAGUAUUUUUAGCAAGAUCCUAAUUGGUACAGUUGAAGUCGGAAGUUUACAUACACUUAGGUUGGAGUCAUUAAAAUUCGUUUUUCAACCACUCCACAAAUGUCUUGUUAACAAACUAUAGUUUUGGCAAGUCGGUUAGGACAUCUACUUUGUGCAUAACACAAGUAAUUUUUACAACAAUUGUUUACAGACAGAUUAUUUCACUUAUAAUUCACUGUAUCACAAUUCCAGUGAGUCAGAAGUUUACAUACACUAAGUUGACUGUGCCUUAAACAGCUUGGAUAAUUCCAGAAAAUGAUGUCAUGGCGUUAGAAGCUUCUGAUAGGUUAAUUGACAUCAUUUGAGUCAAUUGGAGGUGUACCUGUGGAUGUAUUUCAAGGCCUACCUUCAAACUCAGUGCCUCUUUGCUUGACAUCAUGGGAAAAUCAAAAGAAAUCAGCCAAGACCUCAGAAAAAAACUUGGGAGCAAUUUCCAAACGCCUGAAGAUACCGCGUUCAUCUGUACAAACAAUAGUACGGAAGUAUAAACACCAUGGGACCACGCAGCCAUGGGACCACGCAGAACGCGUCUCCUCAGGAAGGAGACGCGUUCUGUCUCCUAGAGAUGAACGUACUUUGGUGUGAAAAGUGCAAAUCAAUCCCAGAACAACAGCAAAGGACCUUGUGAAGAUGCUGGAGGAAACAGGUACAAAAGUAUCUAUAUCCACAGUAAAAUGAGUCCUAUAUCGACAUAACCUGAAAGGCCACUCAGCAAAGAAGAAGCCACUGCUCCAAAACCGCCAUAAAAAAGCCAGACUACGGUUUCCAACUGCACAUGGGUCGUACCUUUUUGGAGAAAUGUCCUCUGGUUUGAUGAAACAAAAAUAGAACUGUUUGGCCAUAAUGACCAUCGUUAUGUUUGGAGGAAAAAGGUGGGUUCUUGCAAGCCGAAGAACACCAUCCCAACCGUGAAGCACGGGGGUGGCAGCAUCAUGCUGUGGGGGUGCUUUGCUGCAGGAGACACUGGUGCACUGCACAAAAUAGAUGGCAUCAUGAGGAAGGAAAAUGAUGUGGAGAUAUUGAAGCAACAUCUCAAAACAUCAGUCAGGAAGUUAUAGCUUGGUUGCAAACGGGUCUUCCAAAUGGACAAUGACCCCAAGCAUACUUCCAAAGUUGUGGCAAAAUGGCUUAAGAACAACAAAGUCCAGGUAUUGGAGUGGCCAUCACAAAGCAAUGACCUCAAUCCUAUAGAAAAUGUGUGGGCAGAACUGAAAAAGCGUGUGCGAGCAAGGAGGCCUACAAACCUGACUCAGUUACACCAGCUCUGUCAGGAGGAAUGGGCCAAAAUUCACCCAACUUAUUGUUGGAAGCUUGUGGAAGGCUACCCGAAACGUUAAGUUAAACAAUUGAAAGGCAAUGCUACCAAAUACUAAUUGAGUGUGUGUGAACUUCUGACCCACUGGGAAUGUGAUGAAAUAAAUAAAAGCUGCAAAAAUCUCUGAAGCUGGAGACACUUAUCUCCCUCACUAACUUUAAGCAUCAGUUGUCAGAGCACCUUAACGAUCACUGCACCUGUACACAGCCCUUCUGAAAUUAGCCCACCCGACUAUCUCAUCCCCAUAUUGUUAUUUAUUUUGCUCAUUUGCACCCCAGUAUCUCUAUUUUCACAUCAUCUCUUGCACAUCUAUCAUUCCAGUGUUAAUACUAAUUGUAAUUAUUUUGCACUAUAGCCUAUUUAUUGCCUUACCUCCAUAACUUGCUACAUUUGCACACACUGUAUAUAUAUUUUCUGUUGUAUUUUUGACUUUAUGUUUUGUUUUACCCCAUAUGUAACUCUGUGUUGUUGUUUUUAUCGCACUGCUUUGCUUUAUCUUGGACAGGUCACAGUUGUAAAUGAGAACUUGUUCUCAACUGGCUUACCUGGUCAAAUAAAGGUUAAAUAAAUAAAAAAAUAUAUAUAUAUAUCUUACUGAGAUUUCUCUCUCUCUCUCUCUCGCCUUCCCAGCGCCCCUAACCAUUACACAUGUAUUAUAUUAACUCCCUCUUCACUCCAACUACCAUUAUAUCACUGACAGUUCUCUAUGCAAAGGUACUUAGUAGAUAAAAUAAAUAAAACAGUCUGUCUUUGAGCUGACUGCCAAGGUAUUCUUUUCAUGUUCAAACUACUACAAUUAUUCUGAUGAGAUGGCAGGUUUACCACUCUCUGAAAUUACUGUUUUAGUCACCAUGGUUACAGCUAUGGGAGACCUGGUCUCUUUAAAGGAUAUAUUUUCCACCAAACUGUGUAUUGUGUGUACCUCACUAUGUUCUACAGAGAUUGAUGUUGUAGUGUCGCUUUGACAAUGUCUGUCUGAAGGAAACCAAUAUUUAACCAGAGUUGAAGUAAACGUACAAGGAUGUGUACUGCACUUGAUGAAAUCACCACACGCAUGCACAUACACACACAAAGACAAACACAAACACACAUACACACACACACAUACACACACACACACACACACACACACACACAAACACACAUACAUAAACACACAUACACACACACACACAGUGUCCUAGUUCCACUGUUCAUCAUUAAGACGUGAGAGUAAACAGCCUGUCUGGUAAUGUCCCCAUUAACCUGUAGAUCAGACAGCGACACACCAUCACUCAUCCACUGGCCCAGUGGGGGUACAAACCUUGAGUUGUCUCUCUUUAUUUCCCACACUAAUCAAUCUCUAUCAAUCAAACUCUCUCUCUCUCUCUUUAUUUCCCACACUAAUCAAUCUCUAUCAAUCAAUCAAACUCUCUCUCUCUCUGUCUCUGUCUCUCUCUCUCUCUCUCUCAACCCGAGGUUGACGGUUCGAAUCCCAGUGCUGGCAGGGAUUGACCUGGCAACUGGAGGGUUGCUGGCAUCAAUAUCUGUUGCCACCUACCGCUGAUGUUCACUUGAGCAAGGAGCUUAACCCCCUAAAAUAAUUGCUUAUUGGGCGCUGCUUUGUGGCUGCCCUGUGAUCCAACCUAAUGUGUGUGUGUGUAUCGGGGGGUUGGAUAAAAGCAGAAGACACAUUUCUAUCUCGCGUGGACUAAUAAAGUAUAUCUUAUGUAUUCUUCUCAGUAAAAUCAUCUUCUCAGUCUAGGCAAUUAUCUCUGUCUGACACAGUGACAGAUUGAAUUUGCUCUUCAAGGAAAAACAAUAUAGUCCUCCAGUCCUUUGACAGAUACAAGCUGCUAUUGUUCAUCUUUUCAAUUCAUUAUUGUGUGAAUGCUAUUCCAGUAGUGACUUAUUGGGUUGUCUGUUUGUGUCUGGGUGGAUGCGUGAGUGAGCAUGAGUUUUCCUUUUCUCUUAGGGCCUGUUCAGCCAUGCCUCUGUUUUACCUCAAGCUCUGCUUAUCACCGGGGGAAAUGUACACUCGCACUGCCAAAGGACACAUUCUGAAUAUGAACAUCAAUAUGUCACUUUCUCUGACUUUCUCUCUCUCUCUUUGUUUGUCUUUCUCCAUAUCCUCCUUACAUCUUCCAUCCUCUCUCUCCUUGUAUUGAUGUCUCCCUCUCUCAAAAUCAAUCCAUCAUUAACCCACUCCUCUCCUCCAUGGCAGGUUCCAGAGGAGGCCUCUCUGCUGCUGGCGUCCCCCAGGAUGCUGCUGCCGUCAUCGAGUAUUCUGCCUCCCAGCACCCCCCUGUCAGUCCACCACCAGAUCCAACUGCUACAGCAACAACUACAGCAACAACAGCAACAGACACAUGUAGCUGUGGCACAGGUAGGACUGAGACACACACACACACACACACACACACACGUUUGUGUAUGUAACAGAUGGUGUUUGUAGUACUGUGGAUGGGUGAGGAGGUCUUGUUGUUUGAACUACAGUGAGAUGGUCAUUACCAUAACAAAUGGUGUUUUAACCUUGCCCCGGUGUACUGUGUGUUUGUGUGUGGUUCCCUCCUAGCUACUGUCUUGUUUGUCUGCGAGCUCUUCACUUUGCUAAUAUUAACCUUUAUGAAUCAUGUCAACCUUAUCUUGUGUGACUUUAACACUAGCUCUCCUACACACUCAAACGAACACACACACACACACACACACACACACACACACACAUACACAGUACACGUAAUACCAAUUACUCACAUCAGAAAAGAGGAUUAAUGUAUGUACUGUACAUCAGUAUUAACAAAAUGUUGAACCACUGUCACCUUUACAGUGUAUCACUGUAUAUACAGGAAAAUAGAAAGGUUACAGUUGGGUUACUAUUGAAUAAAGUCAGAUUUUGUUUUCAGUGACCUAGUCAGGACGCUUAGGUCAUACACUCCCUCACACUCCAUCUGUGUGGAAUUAACACACACACACACAAACACACACACACACAGGUUCACACUGUCAGCCAGUUAGCGAAGCUCCCCCUAUUUUCCCCCUAUUUACACACAACUAUAUGAACACACACACACUUACACAACACAAAACCCACACACUGUCAGCGAGUUAGCAACAAGCCUGGAGACCAAAGGCCGCAAUUUCACAACUGAGCUCCCUUUAUUUACCUCAAACUGCUUGAACACACAUACACACACACAUACUCACUACCUGUCCUAACUGAAGCAGUUGAACCCAAAGUGUCCCUUGCUGUUGAUCGCUGAUGUGUUUCAAUAUUCCAGGAGGCCUGAUGUAGCUGUCCUGUCAUUGCCUGUACUGAAGUUGUAUAACUGAGGUCACACUCUUCCUCUGAGGGCCUAUACACAGAGGUCAAACAGUAGGCAUAAACUACAUAACAGUUCCCAUUACUGUGUGGAUAGUUUACGUACACACACACAUAAAGUGCACACACACUCUCUCACACACGGACCACACAGAAAAUCAAGGCAGUCCCUCUGCCGUUUUCCCGUGAGUGACGGCAGUGUCACUUUUGAUGUGAUGUCACACACGCACACUCUUAUGUCACCCUCUACUUAAUCUGAGGCCUGUGAUGUUCGUUUAUUUAUCUCUCCAGCAGCGUUUUGGGCCGUGGUUCCCUGGGGAAAGCCCUGCCUUGUCAGAUCAAACCACAGACACAAUGUUUUUGAUGUUGAAAGAGAUAAUUUUACAAAUACAAGACAUGGACAUGGAAAUAACCCAAACACACACACACAUACACAUUUCACACAGCUCAACGCUAGACGGGGACAGGGGAAUAACCAACCUCCCUCCCUCUCCUCCCUUCCAGCCGAUGUAGGCCUAUUAAGUAAUGAUUAGUCCGGCCUCCUCCUGUUGUUAUUGGCUAAUUGCUGUUUGUAUUGUCUUGCUGGUGAAAGUGUAAGGCUUUACACUCGUGGGCCAUGAGAGCAUUAGAGGCAGUCCAACUGAGCUUAAGGAGUCUUGGCUCUUAUCCUGCUUAUCUGUCUGUCCAAACCCCAGCUCACUGCACAGGCAUGGAUAAACCCAUCAGUUCUGCUGCCUGCCUGCCGUGCCGUGUGGCAUUAAGACUUUGCCCACAGCUAGUUUCAACUGGUCCUUGAUGAGUAAGGAGAAUUAAAAACCCACUCCGAGGUUAAAAAGAAGACAAUAAUAAGCUGUGUAAAACACAACAUUUGGAAAGUAAGUGAAUCAAAUCAAAUCAAAUUGUAUUGGUCACAUGCGCCGAAUACAACAGGUGCAGACAUCACAGUGAAAUGCUUACUUACAGCCCUUAACCAACAGUGCAUUUAUUUUUAACAAAAAAAGUAAAAAAUAAAACAACAACAAAGAAAGUGUUGAGAAAAAAAGAGCAUAAAAUAACAGUAGGGAGGCUAUAUAUACAGGGGGGUACCGGUGCAGAGUCAAUGUGCGGGGGCACCGGCUAGUUGAGGUAGUUGAAGUAAUAUGUACAUGUGGGUAGAGUUAAAGUGACUAUGCAUAAAUAAUUAACAGAGUAGCAGCAGCGUAAAAAGGAUGGGGUGGGGGGGCAGUGCAAAUAGUCCGGGUAGCCAUGAUUAGCUGUUCAGGAGUCUUAUGGCUUGGGGGUAGAAGCUGUUGAGAAGUCUUUUGGACCUAGACUUGGCACUCCGGUACCGCUUACCGUGCAGUAGCAGAGAGAACAGUCUAUGACUAGGGUGGCUGGAGUCUUUGACAAUUUUGAGGGCCUUCCUCUGACACCGCCUGGUAUAGAGGUCCUGGAUGGCAGGAAGCUUGGCCCCAGUGAUGUACUGGGCCGUACGCACUACCCUCUGUAGUGCCUUGCGGUCGGAGGCCAAGCAGUUGCCAUACCAGGCGGUGAUGCAACCAGUCAGGAUGCUCUCGAUGGUGCAGCUGUAGAAUUUUUUGAGGAUCUGAGGACCCAUGCCAAAUCUUUUCAGUCUCCUGAGGGGGAAUAGGCUUUGUCGUGCCCUCUUCACGACUGUCUUGGUGUGUUUGGACCAUGAUAGUUCGUUGGUGAUGUGGACACCAAGGAACUUGAAGCUCUCAACCUACAGCCCCGUCGAUGAGAAUGGGGGCGUGCUCAGUCCUCUUUUUUUUCCUGUAGUCCACAAUCAUCUCCUUUGUCUUGGUCACGUUGAGGGAGAGGUUGUUGUCCUGGCACCACACGGCCAGGUCUCUGACCUCCUCCCUAUAGGCUUUCUCAUCGUUGUCGGUGAUCAGGCCUACCACUGUUGUGUCGUUGGCAAACUUAAUGAUGGUGUUGGAGUCGUGCCUGGCCAUGCAGUCAUGGGUGAACAGAGAGUACAGGAGGGGACUGAGCACGCACCCCUGAGGGGCCCCCGUGUUGAGGAUCAGUGUGGCAGAUGUGUUGUUACCUACCCUUACCACCUGGGGGCGGCCCGUCAGGAAUUCCAGGAUCCAGUUGCAGAGGGAGGUGUUUAGUCCCAGGAUCCUUAGCUUAGUGAUGAGCUUAGAGGGCACUAUGGUGUUGAAUGCUGAGCUGUAGUCAAUGAAAAGCAUUCUCACGUAGGUGUUCCUCUUGUCCAGGUGGGAAAGGGCAGUGUGGAGUGCAAUAGAGAUUGCAUCAUCUGUGGAUCUGUUGGGGCGGUAUGCAAAUUGGAGUGGGUCUAGGGUUUCUGGGAUAAUGCUGUUGAUGUGAGCCAUGACCAGCCUUUCAAAGCACUUCAUGGCUACAGACGUCAGUGCUACGGGUCGGUAGUCAUUUAGGCAGGUUAUCUUAGAGUCCUUGGGCACAGGGACUAUGGAGGUCUGCUUGAAACAUGUUGGUAUUACAGACUCAGUCAGGGACAUGUUGAAAAUGUCAGUGAAGACACUUGCCAGUUGGUCAGCACAUGCUCGGAGUACACGUCCUGGUAAUCCGUCUGGCCCUGCGGCCUUGUGAAUGUUGACCUGCUUAAAAGUCUUACUCACAUCGGCUACGGAGAGCGUGAUCACAUAGUCAUCCGGAACAGCUGGUGCUCUCAUGCAUGCUUCAGUGUUGCUUGCCUCGAAGCGAGCAUAGAAGUGGUUUAGCUCGUCUGGUAGGCUUGUGUCACUGGGCAGCUCGCGGCUGUGCUUCCCUUUGUAGUCUGUAAUAGUUUUCAAGCCCUGCCACAUCCGACGAGCGUCAGAGCCAGUGAAGCAGAGGAGGAUGUGACUGCCUUGUGGAAGUCUAGUUCUGAAGGCCAGAGUGUGUGUGUGUGUGCGUGUGUGCAUGUGUGUGUGCGCAUGUGCCUGUGUGUGUGUGUCUGUACUUUCUUGCGUGUGUGUGAGACUGGGUACCCGGUUAGCUGGACCUGAUUGAAAGCACCCCUCUAACCCCUGUCUGCCAGUCCAGUCAGUCAAUCGCCCUGAGAGGGUGAUGAUGUCACUAUUGACUUUGUGCAACAGACAGUCAGGAAGAAAAUAUUUGAUCUCCGCCAAUCAGGUGUCAAGGUGGGUCAAGCAUAUAACUUCUCUUUAGUCUCAGAGGGAGGGCCAGGAGAGCGAAUAGCGAUCGGCCCAGUUAGGUUGGUACAACGCCAACUCUCUGAGACUGAAAGGACUUCUAACCAAAGUGCUGACGGUAGCUGAGAAGUUAGAAGUUAGCCGCUCCGUGAAAGCUCACACUUAUCACAAUCAUUUAGAGUUGAAAGGAGAGAAGAAGAGGAAAGGAUGAGAGAGGGAGAGGAGGAGAGAAUAAUUAUUAACUUAAUCAGUGAAGUGUGAAUACUUGUGUUUAAUGAGACUCUUACACUGCAGAGCAGAACCUACACUGAACUCAAAUAUAAACGCAGCAUGUAAAGUGUUGGUCCCAUAUUUCAUGAGAGGAAAUAAAAGAUCCCAGAAAUGUUCCAAACGCACAAAAAGCUUAUUUCUCUCAGAUUUUGUUCACAAAUGUGUUUACAUCCCUGCUAGUAAGCAUUUCUCCUUUGCCAAGAUAAUCCUUCCAUGUGACAGGUGUGGCCUAUCAAGAAGCUGAUUUAACAGCAUGAUCAUUACACUGGAGCAUCUUGUGCUGGGGGACAAUAAAAGGCCACUCUAAAAUGUGCAGUUUUGUCACACAACAGAAUGCCACAAAUGGCAUGCUGACUGCAGGAAUGUCCACCAGAGCUAUUGCCAGAUAAUAAAGUGGGGAGAACAAGUAUUUGAUACACUGCCGAUUUUGCAGGUUUUCCUACUUACAAAGCAUGUAGAGGUCUGUACAUUUUUAUCAUAGGUACACUUCAACUGUGAGAGAUGGAAUCUAAAACAAAAAUCCAGAAAAUCAUAUUGUAUGAUUUUUAAGUAACAAUUUGCAUUUUAUUGCAUGACAUAAGUAUUUGAUCACCUACCAACCAGUAAGAAUUCCGGCUCUCACAGACCUGUUAGUUUUUCUUUAAGAAGCCCUCCUGUUCACCACUCAUUACCUGUAUUAACUGCACCUGUUUCAACUCGUUACCUGUAUAAAAGACACCUGUCCACACACUCAAUCAAACAGACUCCAACCUCUCCACAAUGGCCAAGACCAGAGAGCUGUGUAAGGACAUCAGGGAUAAAAUUGUAGACCUGCACAAGGCUGGGAUGGGCUACAGGACAAUAGGCAAGCAGCUUGGUGAGAAGGCAACAACUGUUAAUGUAAUUAUUAGAAAAUGGAAGAAGUUCAAGAUGACGGUCAAUCACCCUCGGUCUGGGGCUCCAUGCAAGAUCUCACCUCGUGGGGCAUCAAUGAUCAUGAGGAAGGUGAGGGAUCAGCCCAGAACUACACGGCAGGACCUGGUCAAUGACCUGAAGAGAGCUGGGACCACAGUCUCAAAGAAAACCAUUAGUAACACACUACGCCGUCAUGGAUUAAAAUCCUGCAGCGCACGCAAGGUCCCCCUGCUCAAGCCAGCGCAUGUCCAGGCCUGUCUGAAGUUUGCCAAUGACCUUCUGGAUGAUCCAGAGGAGGAAUGGGAGAAGGUCAUGUGGUAUGAUGAGACAAAAAUAGAGCUUUUUGGUCUAAACUCCACUCGCCGUGUUUGGAGGAAGAAGAAGGAUGAGUACAACCCCAAGAACACCAUCCCAACCGUGAAGCAUGGAGGUGGAAACAUCAUUCUUUGGGGAUGCUUUUCUGCAAAGGGGACAGGACGACUGCACCGUAUUGAGGGGAGGAUGGAUGGGGCCAUCUAUUGCGAGAUCUUGGCCAACAACCUCCUUCCCUCAGUAAGAGCAUUGAAGAUGGGUCGUGGCUGGGUCUUCCAGCAUGACAACGACCCGAAACACACAGCCAGGGCAACUAAGGAGUGGCUCCGUAAGAAGCAUCUCAAGGUCCUGGAGUGGCCUAGCCAGUCUCCAGACCUGAACCCAAUAGAAAAUCUUUGGAGGGAGCUGAAAGUCCGUAUUGCCCAGCGACAGCCCUGAAACCUGAAGGAUCUGGAGAAGGUCUGUAUUGAGGAGUGGGCCAAAAUCCCUGCUGCAGUGUGUGCAAACCUGGUCAAGACCUACAGGAAACGUAUGAUCUCUGUAAUUGCAAACAAAGGUUUCUGUACCAAAUAUUAAGUUCUGCUUUUCUGAUGUAUCAAAUACUUAUGUCAUGCAAUAAAAUGCAAAUUAUUUACUUAAAAAUCAUACAAUGUGAUUUUCUGGAUUUUUGUUUUAGAUUCCGUCUCUCACAGUUGAAGUGUACCUAGGAUAAAAAUUACAGACCUCUACAUGCUUUGUAAGUAGGAAAACCUGAAAAAUCGGCAGUGUAUCAAAUACUUGUUCUCCCCACUGUAUAUGUUAAUUUAUCUACCAUAAGCCACCUCCAUCAUCUUUUUAGAGAAUUUGGCAGUACGUCCAACCGGCCACACAACCGCAGACCAUGUGUAUGGCCACGUGUGGGUGAGCGGUUUGCUGAUGUCAACGUUGUGAACAGAGUGCCCCAUGGUGGUGGUGGGGUUACGGUAUGGGUAGGCAUAAGCUAAGGACAACGAACACAAUUGCAUGUUAUUGAUGGCAAUUUGAAUGCACAGAGAUACCGUGACGAGAUCCUGAAGCCCAUUGUCGUGCCAUUCAUCCGCCGCCAUCACCUCAUUUUUCAGCAUGAUAAUGCACGGCCCCAUGUCGCAAGGAUCUGUACACAAUUCUUGGAAGCUGAAAAUGUCCCAGUUCUUCCAUGGCCUGCAUACUCACCAGACAUGUCACCCAUUGAGCACGUUUGGGAUGCUCUGGAUCAACGUGUACAACAGCAUGUUCCAGUUCCCGCCAAUAUCCUGCAACUUUGCACAGCCAUUGAAGAGGAGUGGGACAACAUUCCACAUACCAUAAUCAACAGUCUGACCAACUCGAUGCAAAGGAGAGGUUUCGCACUGCAUGAGGCAAAUGGUGGUCACAGAUACUGACUGGUUUUCUGAUCCACGGCCCUACUUUUUUUAAAGGUAUCUUUGACCAACAUAUGCAUAUCUGUAUUCCCAGUCAUGUGAAAUCCAUAGAUUAGGGCCUAAUUUAUUUAAAUUGACUGAUUUCCUUACAUGAACUGUAACUCAGUAAAAUGGGCUCCCGAGUGGCGCAGCGGUCUAAGGCACUGCAUCUCAGUGCUUGAGGCGUCACUACAGACCCCCUGGUUUGAUUCCAGGCUGUAUCACAACCGGCCGUGAUUGGGAGUCCCAUAGGGCAGCGCACAAUUGGCCCAGCGUUGUCCGGUUUUGGCCGGUGUAGGCCAUCAUUGUAAAUACGAAUUUGUUCUUAACUGACUUGCCUAGUUAAAUAAAGAUAAAAUAAAUAAAAAUUGUUGCAUUUAUAUUUUUGUUCAGUAUAAUUCAUACCCUGCUGGAAGUUAGCUCACACACACACACACACACACACACAAACACACACACACACACACACUGUCUCUCUCUGCCUGGCUGCAUAAACUACAUGAGGAUAAUCCUGAACUGGGUGGUAAUAGAGUUGUACAUCCUCUGAUUCUUGUAGGAACGUCACCUCAAAACUAAGUCGUUGAUUGAGAAGGAACGUUUUAGGGUGGAGGGAUUUCCCCCCCCCCGAAACCCUUUUCAACGGGUGCACUUAGGCUGUUUGCUAAUCCAGACUUGCAGGUGUCACUGGAAGUUCAACUACGUUUUAGUCUGUUACAGUUCAUUAGAGACUGUAAUUAUUGAGCCAUCUAUGUUGCAUUAUUUCUGUACCCUCACUGCCUCCAGUCCCAGAAAUGAUUACCUGUGGAAUCCCGUGUCAUCAAACCAAACUCUGCUUCAAAGCAUUUAAUUACUGUUUCUUUGAUUAAAUUUGCAGAAAAUGCUGUAAGGUGUUGAUAAGAACAUGUCUGUCUCUCUCUCGCUCUCUAUCUCCCUCUCUGCAUUCAUCUCUAUCUCUCAAUUAUCUCACACACAGAGACACAUACAGUCUCUCUGUGCUCUGUGUUAUUAUUCAGGCUGCAUUCACCAUCACCACAGAGCAGCGUUUUUGCAGCGUGUCUCACAGGACUUCAAAAGUCACGUCUUGGACAAAUGUGACACCUUCCUUCUCCAAGACCUGUCGGAUUAAACUCAGUUUAGCUUUCACACUUUUAUCAGUACAGCAUGUCUUCUUCUCAGAGUCACGAACCUCGGCCCCCAUAUCUCAUGUUGUGUCCUGGCAGUGCUUGCGGUGUCGUACGGCAGUAUAUUACCCUGACAGCGCCGUUAGACUGUCUGGAUUUACAGAUGAACUCUGAGGGUGAUGUACUAAUGGAGGCUAGAUCACUGCCAUUUGUCGCUAAGUGGAGUGAUGAUGGAAUCGGAUCUGUCUUUUACCCUCUCUCAAAACAAUCAAUCAAUCAAAUGUUAUUUAUGAAGCCCUUUUUACAUCAGAAGAUGUCACAAAGUGCUAUACAGAAACCCAGCCUAAAACCCCAAACAGCAAGCAAUGCAGAUGUAGAAGCGCGAUGGCUAGGAGAAACUCCCUAGAAAGGCAGAAACCUAGGAAGAAACCUAGAGAGGAACCAGGCUCUGAGGGGUGGCCAGUCCCCUUCUGGCUGUGCCGGGUGGAGAUUAUAACAGUACAUUGCCAUUAAGGCCAGAUCUUUCUCCAAGAUGUUCAAACGUUCAUUUAUGACCAGCAGGGUCAAAUAAUAAUCACAGUGGUUGAAGAGGUUGCAACAGGUCAGUACAUCAGGAGUAAAUGUCACUUGGCUUUUCAUAGCCGGGCAUUUAGAGGUUGAAAUAGCAGGUGCGGUAGAGAGAGAGAGUUGAAAACAGCAGGUCCGGGACAAGGUAGCACGUCUGGUGAACAGGUCCGGGUUCCAUAGCCGCAGGCAGAAGAGUGGAACCUGGUGGACAGGUGGACUGGGGACAGCAAGGAGUCAUCAGGCCAGGUAGUUCUGAGGCAUGGUCCUAGGGCUCAGGUCCUCCGGGAUGGGAGGGAGAGAGGGAGAGAGAGAGAAUUAGAGGGAGCAUACUUAAAUUCACACAGGACACCGGAUAAGACAGGAGAAUAACACCAGAUAUAACAGACAGACGCUAGCCCCCCGGCACAUAGACUAUUGCAGCAUAGAUACUGGAGGCUGAGACGGGGGUGUCGGGAGACACUGUGGCCCCGUCCGACGAUACCCCCGGACAGGGCCAACCAGGCAGGAUAAUAACCCCACCCACUUUGCCAAAGCACAGCCCCCACACCACCAGAGGGAUAUCAACAGACCACCAACCUACUACCCUGAGACAAGGCUGAGUAUAGCCCACGAAGAUCUCAUCCACUGCACAAGCUUGAGGGAGCAACAACUCGGACAGGAAGAUCACGUCAGUGACUCAACCCACUCAAGUGAUGCACCCCUCCUAGGGACGGCAUGGAAAGCACCAGUAAGCCAGUGACUCAGCCCCCGUAAUAGGGUCAGAGGCAGAGAAUCCCAAUGGAGAGACAGGAACCGACCAGGCAGAGACAGCAAGAGCGGUUUGUCGCUCAAGUGACUUUCCGUUCACCUUCGCACCCCUGGGCCAGACUACACUCAAUCAUAGGACCUACUGAAGAGAUGAGUCUUCAGUAAAGACUUAAAGGUCGAGACUGAGUCUGCGUCUCUCACAUAGGCAGACCAUUCCAUAAAAAUUUUGCUCUAUAGGAGAAAGCCCUGCCUCCAGCUGUUUGCUUAGAAAUUCUAGGGACAAUAAGGAGGCCUGCGUCUUGUGACCAUAGCGUACGUGUAGGUAUGUACGGUAGGACCAACUCUGAGAUAUAGGUAGGAGCAAGCCCAUGUAAUGCUUUGUAGGUUAGCAGUAAAACCUUGAAAUCAGCCCUAGCCUUAACAGGAAGCCCGUAUAGAGAGGCUAGCACUGGAGUAAUAUGAUCAAAUUUUGUGGUUCUAGUCAAGAUUCUAGCAGCCGUGUUUAGCACUAACCAAAGUUUAUUUAGUGCUUUAUCCGGGUAGCCAGAGAGUAGAGCAUUGAAGUAUUCUAAUCUAGAAGUGACAAAAGCAUGGAUUAGCUUUUAUGUAACAUUUCUGGACAAAAAGUUUCUGAUUUUUGCAAUGUUACGAAGAUGGAAAAAAGCUGUCCUUGAAAUAUUCUUGAUAUGUUCAUCAAAAGAGAGAUCAGGGUCCAGAGUAACGCCGAGGUCCUUCACAGUUUUCUUUGAGACGACUGUACAACCAUCAACAUUAAUUGUCAGAUCCAACAGAAGAUCACUUUGUUUCUUGGGACCUAGAACUAGCAUCUCACCGAAACGUACAAUUGAUUUGUCAGAGGACAAACCAUCCACAGAGACUAACUGAUAUCUUUCCGACAGAUAAGAUCUAAACCAGGCAAGAACUUGUCCAUGUAGACCAAUUAAGGUUUCCAAUCUCUCCAAAAGAAUGUGGUGAUCGAUGGUGUCAAAAGCAGCACUAAGGUCUAGGAGCACGAGGACAGAUGUAGAGCCUUGGUCUAACGCCAUUAAAAUAUAAUUUACCACCUUCACGAGUGCGGUCUCAGUGCUAUGAUGGGGUCUAAAACCAGACUGAAGCGUUCCGUAUACAUUUUUUGUCUUCAGGAAGGCAGUGAGUUGAUGCACAACAGCUUUUUUCAAAAAAAUUGAGAGGAAUGGGAGAUUCGAUAUAGGCUAAUAGUUUUUUACAUUUUCUGGGUCAAGGUUUGGCAUUUUCAAGAGAGGCUUUAUUACUGCGACUUUUAGUGAGUUUUGUACACAUCCAGUGGAUAGGGAGCCAUUUAUUAUGUUCAACAUAGGAGGGCCAAGCACAGGACGUAGCUCUUUCAGUAGUUUAGUUGGAAUAGGGUCCAGUAUGCAGCUUGAAGGUUUAGAGGCCAUUACUAUUUUCAUGAAUGUGUCAAGAGAUAUAGGAUUAAAAAACUUGAGUGUCUCCAUUGAUCCUAGGUCCUGGCAGUUUUGUGCAGACUCAGGACAACUGAUCUUUGGAAAAAUACGCAGAUUCAAAGUGGAGUCCGUAAUUUGCUUUCUAAUGAUCAUGAUCUUUUUGUCGAAGAAGUUCAUGAAUUCAUCACUGCUGAAGUGAAUGGCAUCCUCUCUUGGGGAAUGCUGCUUUUUAGUUAGCUUUGCGACAGUAUCAAAUAUACAUUUUGGAUUGUUCUUAUUCUCCUCAAUUAGGUUGGAAAAAUAGGAUGAUCGAGCAGCAGUGAGGGCUCUUCAAUAUUGCUCUGUACUUUGUUUCCAAGCUAGUAGGAAGACUUCCAGUUUGGUGGAGCGCCAUUUACGUUCCAAUUUUCUGAAUGCUUGCUUCAGGCCUCUGGUCUUUUCUGUAUACCAGGGAGCUAGUUUCUUGUGACAAAUGUUUUUUGUUUUUAGGGGUGCCACUGCAUCUAGGGUAUUACGCAAGGUUAAAUGUAGAUCCUCAGUUAGGUCGUUAACUGAUUUUUGUACUCCGAUGUCCUUGAGUAGUUGGAGGGAGUCUGGAAGGGCCUCUAGGAAUCUUUGGGUUGUCUGAGAAUUUAUAGCACGGCUUUUGAUGGUCCUUGGUUGGGGUCUGAACAGAUUAUUUGUUGCGAUUGCAAACAUAAUAAGAUGGUGGUCCGAUAGUCCAGGGUUAUGAGGAAAAACAUUUAGAUCCACAAUAUUUAUUCCACGGGACAAAACUAGAUCCAGGGUAUGACUGUGGCAAUGAGUAGGUCCGGAGACAUGUUAGACAAAACCCACUGAGUCGAUGAUGGCUCUGAAAGCCUUUUGAAGUGGGUCUGUGGACUUUUCCAUAUGAAUAUUAAAGUCACCAAAAAUUAGAAUAUUAUAUGCCAUGACUACAAGGUCCGAUAGGAAUUCAUGGAACUCAGUGAGGAACUCUGUAUACAGCCCAGGAGGCCUGUAAACAGUAGCUAUAAAAAGUGAUUGAGUAGGCUGCAUAGAUUUCAUGACUAGAAGCUCAAAAGACGAAAACGCAGUCAUUUUUGGAGGGGUACAUUUAUACAUUUGCUAUCGUAAAUGUUAGCAACACCUCCGCCUUUGCGGGAUGCGCGGGGGAUAUGGUCACUAGUGUAACUAGAAGGAGAGGCCUCAUUUAAUACAGUAAAUGAAUCAGGCUUAAGCCAUGUUUCAGUCAGGCCAAUCACAUCAAGAUUAUGAUCAGUGAUUAGUUCAUUGACCAUAACUGCCUUGGAAGUGAGGGAUCUAACAUUAAGUAGCCCUAUUUUGAGAUGUGAGAUAUCACAAUCUCUUUCAAUAAUGACAGGAACGGAGGAGGUCUUUAUUCCAGUGAGAUUGCUAAGGCGACCACCGCCAUGUUUAGUUUUGCUCAACCUAGAUCGAGGCACAGACACGGUCUCAAUGGGGAUAGCUGAGCUGACUACACUGACUGUGCUAGUGGCAGACUCCACUAAGCUGGCAGGCUGGCUAAAAGCCUGUUGGCUGGCCUGCACCCUAUCUCAUUGUGGAGCUAGAGGAGUUAGAGCCCUGUCUAUGUUGGUAGAUAAGAUGAGAGCACCCCUCCAGCUAGGAUGGAGUCUGUCACACCGUCCAGGGGUGGAUGGGGGGUGAGGAUGAGAAGAGCUAGGGGGAGAGUGGAGAGUGAAGGGGGAGAUGGGGAGAGAAUAAAGGGAGAGUACACUAAGCGGAAGAGGGGAGGGUGUGGGGUUGAAGAGUGGCUCCAUCUUGUGUCUGUAUGGUUCAGAGGCUUCUUAUUAGACACAAAGUCCUUCAGCUGUUUUUCCCAUUCCAUCACCAUCAACUGUUUGUCUUUACAGUUAUUACAUCACCAAUGAUGAUAGACAGCUAUACAUCCGCGUUCAAAUGAAAUCAACGUUUAUUGGUCGCGCACACAGAUGUUUUGCAGGUGUUAUCGCAGCGGCAGCGAAAUGCUUAUGUUUCCAACAGUGCAGCAAUAUCUAGCAAUACAAUAACAAUACACACAUAAUCCUAAACUAAAAAAAGAACAAGAAGUUAAGACACAUCAAAAUGAGCGAUAUCAGAACGAGCAAUGUCAGAAUCCGGAAUAUAAAUACUGUAUAUGAAUAGAAAAGGUGUGUACAGAAGCAGUAGUCAUCUACGAUGAGCCAUGACUAGAAUACAGUAUAUACAGUUGAAGUCGGAAGUAUACAUACACUUAGGUUGGAGUAAUUAAAACUUGUUAUUCAACCACUACACAAAUGUCUUGUUAACAAACUAUAGUUUUGGCAAGUUGGUUAGGACAUCUACUUUGUGCAUGACACAAGUCAUUUUUCCAACAAUUGUUUACAGACAGAUUAUUUCACUUAUAGUUCACUGUAUCACAAUUCCAGUGAGUCAGAAGUUUACAUACACUAAAUUGACUGUGCCUUUAAACAGCUUGGAAAAUUCCAGAAAAUUGUGUCAUGGCUUUAGAAGCUUCUGAUAGGCUAAUUGACAUCAAUUUGAGUCAAUUGGAGGUGUACCUGUGGAUGUAUUUCAAGGCCUACCUUCAAACUCAGUGCCUCUUUGCUUGACAUCAUUGUAAAAUCAAAAUAAAUCAGCCAAGACCUCAGAAAAAAAUACCUGAAGGUACCACGUUAAUCUGUUCAAACAAUAGUACGCAAGUAUAAACACCAUGGGACCACGCAGCCGUCAUACCGCUCAGGAAGGAGACGCGUUCUGUCUCCUAGAGAUGAACGUACUUUGGUGUGAAAAGUGCAAAUCAAUCCCAGAACAACAGCAAAGGACCUUGUGAAGAUGCUGGAGGAAAUAGGUACAAAGUAUCUAUAUCCACAGUAAAACGAGUCCUAUAUCGACAUAACCUGAAACGCCGCUCAGCAAGGAAGAAGCCACUGCUCCAAAACCGCCAUAAAAAAGCCAGACUACGGUUUGCAACUGCACAUGGGGACAAAGAUCGUACUUUUUGGAGAAAUGUAAUCUGGUCUGAUUAAACAAAAAUAGAACUGUUUGGCCAUAAUGACCAUCGUUAUGUUUGGAGGAAAAGGGGGGCGGCUUGCAAGCUGAAGAACACCAUCCCAACCGUGAAGCACGGGGGUGGCAGCAUCAUGCUGUGGGGGUGCUUUGCUGCAGGAGACACUGGUGCACUGCACAAAAUAGAUGGCAUCAUGAGGAAGGAAAAUUAUGUGGAUAUAUUGAAGCAACAUCUCAAGACAUCAGUCAGGAAGUUAAAGCUUGGUCUUUCAAAUGGACAACGACCCCAAGCAUACUUCCAAAGUUGUGGCAAAAUGGCUUAAGGACAACAAAGUCAAGGUAUUGGAGUGGCCAUCACAAAGCCCAGACCUCAAUCCUAUAGAAAAUGUGUGGGCAGAACUGAAAAAGCAUGUGCGAGCAAGGAGGCCUACAAACCUGACUCAGUAAAACCAGCUCUGUCAGGAGGAAUGGGCCAGAAUUCACCCAAUUUAUUGUGGGAAGCUUGUGGAAGGCUACCCGAAACGUUUGACCCAAGUUAAACAAUUUAAAGGCAAUGCUACCAAAUACUAAUUGAGUGUAUGUAAACUUCUGACCCACUGGGAAUGUGAUGAAAUAAAUAAAAGCUGAAAUAAAUCAUUCUCUCUACUAUUAUUCUGACAUUUCACAUUCUUAAAAUAAAGAGGUGAUCCUAACUGACCUAAGACAGGGAAUAUUUACUAUAAUUUAAUGUCAGGAAUUGUGAAAAACUGAGUUUAAAUAUAUUUGGCUAAGGUGUAUGUAAACUUCCGACUUCAACUGUACAUAUAAAGUAGGUAAAACAGUAUGUAAACAUUAUUAAAGUGACUGGUAGCCGACUAGUGACAGUGUCUAAGGUUCAGGGAAGGGUACUGGGCGGAGGCUGGCUAGUGAUGACUGUUUAACAGUCGGAUGGCCUGGAGAUAAAUAAAAAAUGUACAUUUUGUCAAUGUAAAUAGUCCGGGUGGCCUUUCGAUUAAUUGUUCAGCAGUCUUAUGGCUUGGGGUAGAAGCUGUUAAAGAGCCUUUUGGACCUAGACUUGCCGUGCGGUAGCAGAGAGAACAGUCUAUGACUUGGGUGACUGGAGUCUUUGACAAUUUUUUGGCCCUUCCUCUGACACCGCCUAGUAUAUACAGUGGGGGAAAAAAGUAUUUAGUCAGCCACCAAUUGUGCAAGUUCUCCCACUUAAAAAGAUGAGAGAGGCCUGUAAUUUUCAUCAUAGGUACACGUCAACUAUGACAGACAAAUUGAGAGAAAAAAAUCCAGAAAAUCACAUUGUAGGAUUUUUAAUGAAUUAAUUUGCAUUUUAUUGCAUGACAUAAGUAUUUGAUCACCUACCAACCAGUAAGAAUUCCGGCUCUCACAGACCUGUUAGUUAUUCUUUAAGAAGCCCUCCUGUUCUCCACUCAUUGCCUGUAUUAACUGCACCUGUUUGAACUCGUUACCUGUAUAAAAGACACCUGUCCACACACUCAAUCAAACAGACUCCAACCUCUCCACAAUGACCAAGACCAGAGAGCUGUGUAAGGACAUCAGGGAUAAAAUUGUAGACCUAAACAAGGCUGGGAUGGGCUACAGGACAAUAGGCAAGCAGCUUGGUGAGAAGGCAACAACUGUUGGCGCAAUUAUUAGAAAAUGGAAGAAGUUCAAGAUGACGGUCAAUCACCCUCGGUCUGGGGCUCCAUGCAAGAUCUCACCUCUUGGGGCAUCAAUGAUCAUGAGGAAGGUGAGGGAUCAGCCCAGAACUACACGGCAGGACCUGGUCAAGGACCUGAAGAGAGCUGGGACCACAGUCUCAAAGAAAACCAUUAGUAACACACUACGCCGUCAUGGAUUAAAAUCCUGCAGCGCACGCAAGGUCCCCCUGCUCAAGCCAGCGCAUGUCCAGGCCUGUCUGAAGUUUGCCAAUGACCAUCUGGAUGAUCCAGAGGAGGAAUGGGAGAAGGUCAUGUGGUCUGAUGAGACAAAAAUAGAGCUUUUUGGUCUAAACUCCACUCGCCGUGUUUGGAGGAAGAAGAAGGAUGAGUACAACCCCAAGAACACCAUCCCAACCGUGAAGCAUGGAGGUAACAUCAUUCUUUGGGGAUGCUUUUCUGCAAAGGGGACAGGACGACUGCACCGUAUUGAGGGGAGGAUGGAUGGGGCCAUGUAUCGCGAGAUCUUGGCCAACAACCUCCUUCCCUCAGUAAGAGCAUUGAAGAUGGGACGUGGCUGGGUCUUCCAGCAUGACAACGACCUGAAAUACACAGCCAGGGCAACUAAGGAGUGGCUCCGUAAGAAGCAUCUCAAGGUCCUGGAGUGGCCUAGCCAGUCUCCAGACCUGAACCCAAUAGAAAAUCUUUGGAGGGAGCUGAAAGUCCGUAUUGCCCAGCGACAGCCCCGAAACCUGAAGGAUCUGGAGAAGGUCUGUAUGGAGGAGUGGGCCAAAAUCCCUGCUGCAGUGUGUGCAAACCUGGUCAAGACCUACAGGAAACGUAUGAUUUCUGUAAUUGCAAACAAAGGUUUCUGUACCAAAUAUUAAGUUCUGCUUUUCUGAUGUAUCAAAUACUCAUGUCAUGCAAUAAAAAGCAAAUUAAUUACUUAAAAAUCAUACAAUGUGAUUUUCUGGAUUUUUGUUUUAGAUUCCGUCUCUCACAGUUGAAGUGUACCUAUGAUAAAAAUUACAGACCUCUACAUGCUUUGUAAAUAGGAAAAUUGGCAAAAUUGGCAGUGUAUCAAAUACUUGUUCUCCCCACUGUAUGUAUUUGUCUUGUCCAGGUGAGAUAGCGCAGUGUGCAGUGCAAUUGCAAUUCCGUCGUCUGUGGAUCUGUUGGGACGGUAUGCAAAUUGUAGUGGGUCUAGGGUGUCUGGUAAAGUGGUGGUGAUAUGAUCCUUAACACGCUUGAAUGUCUUACUCACGUCUGCCAGGGAGAUCAGGAACACACAGACCAAGUGAGCGACGGGGGCCUAUGUUGCCGGCUCAGUGUUGUUUUCCUCAAAGCGGGCGAAGAAGGUGUUAAGGUUGUCUGGGAGCGAGGCGUCAGUGUCCGCGACGUGGCUGGCUUUCCCUUUAUAACCUGUGAUUGUCUGGAGUCCCUGCCACAUGCGUCUCGUGUCUGAGCCAUUGAAUUGCGACUACACUUUAUUGUUGUUUUGCCUCUUUGAUUGCCUUACGGAGGUCGUAGCUGGUCUGUUUGUACAUGUCCAUGUUCCCAGUCACCUUGCCGUGGUUAAAUGCGUUGGUUUUGCAUGAAUGCUGCCAUCUAUCCACAGUUUUUUGUUUGGAUGAAUUCUAAUCGUCACAGUAGCAUUACCUUGGUUACAGAAUUUUUUUAGCUAUGGUACAUGUAUGAUGAAACAGAAUAAUAUCAUCUUGUUAAAUUGAAAGACAGAAUCAGAGAGCUUCAGACUCUCUAGCUACAGCCUCAUGACUCUAUUCAUGCUCCAUUCUCCUUGAUGUGAGAAAUUAAUGCAGUGCUUUAGAGUCAUGGGCUGUAUACCAAGCCAGAAAUAUCCCUUUGUAUUCAUAAUGCUCCUUGAAGUAAGAAAACCACAGCAGAAGUGUUCCUAUAUAAACCAUCACAAAGUUUGAAGUAGAAGCGCUCGCUCAAUGUCAAGUUAGAAAUACCACAGUAGCACUCAUUGUCAACCAUUCACAAAUCGAUGGGCCUUUUUCUUUGCAAUAUCUUCAUUGCUUGUCUUGUCUUUCUUCUUCUCUUGGUUUAAUCCUGCUACAGACCAUACAUGGCAUUACGUUUACAUGAGCUUGAGCUUGAGCUUGGAGUCUGGCAGUCCUCAUCUUGCUCUUCAUGUUAUGGGCUUUGGUGAGACACACACAGACACACUGACACUCUCAAUAGUCUGAAGUCGGUAUUGAGUGUUUGUUUGUGUACAUGCAUAUCUCAGGAGUGUUGGUACUCUCUCUCUCAGGUGUAUGUACAUCAAUCAAUCAAUCAAUUUUAUUUUAUAUAGCCCUUCUUACAUCAGCUAAUAUCUCGAAGUGCUGUACAGAAACCCAGCCUAAAACCCCAAACAGCUAGUAAUGCAGGUGUAGAAGCACGGUGGCUAGGAAAAACUCCCUAGAAAGGCGAAAACCUAGGAAGAAACCUAGAGAGGAACCAGGCUAUGAGGGGUGGCCAGUCCUCUUCUGGCUGUGCCGGGUGAAGAUUAUAACAGAACCAUGCCAAGAUGUUCAAAAAUGUUCAUAAGUGACAAGCAUGGUCAAAUAAUAAUCAGGAAUAAAUCUCAGUUGGCUUUUCAUAGCCGAUCAUUAAGAGUUUAAAACAGCAGGUCUGGGACAGGUAGGGGUUCCAUAACCGCAGGCAGAACAGUUGAAACUGGAAUAGCAGCAAGGCCAGGCGGACUGGGGACAGCAAGGAGUCACCACGGCCGGUAGUCCCGACGUAUGGUCCUAGGGCUCAGGUCUCUCAGUUGGCUUUUCAUAGCCGAUCAUUAAGAGUUGAAAACAGCAGGUCUGGGACAGGUAGGGGUUUCGUAACCGCAGGCAGAACAGUUGAAACUGGAAUAGCAGCAAGGCCAGGCGGACUGGGGACAGCAAGGUGUCAUCAUGCCCGGUAGUCCUGACGUAUGGUCCUAGGGCUCAGGUUCUCAGAGAGAAAGAGAGAACGAGAGAAUUAGAGAGAGCAUACUUAAAUUCACACAGGACACUGGAUAAGACAGGAGAAGUACUCCAGGUAUAACCAACUAACCCCAGCCCCCCGACACAUAAACUACUGCAGCAUAAGUACUGGAGGCUGAGACAGGAGCGGUCCGGAGACACUGUGGCCCCAUCCGAAGAAACCCCCGGACAGGGCCAAACAGGAAGGAUAUAACCCCACCCACUCUGCCAAAGCACAGCCCCCGCACCACUAGAGGGAUAUCCUCAACCACCAACUUACAAUCCUGAGACAAGGCCGAGUAUAGCCCACAGAGGUCUCCACCACAGCACAAACCAAGGGGGGGGGGGGGGCGCCAACCCAGACAGGAAGAUCACGUCAGUAACUCAACCCACUCAAGUGACGCACCCCUCCCAGGGACGGCAUGAAAGAGCACCAGCAAGCCAGUGACUCAGCCCCUGCAUGUACAUAGUGUAUCGUGUGCACGUGCAUUCGUGCAUGUGUGUGUGUUCUCUCUCUCCCAAGUGUGUACUUAUCUCAGACGUACAGUAAGUCUGUGUGUUCUCUCCCCCCAGGUGCACCUGUUGAAGGACCAGCUGAGUGCGGAGGCUACAGCCAGACUGGAGGCCCAGGCCAGAGUGCACCAGCUGCUGCUCCAGAACAAGGACCUGCUGCAGCACAUCUCUCUACUGGUCAAACAGAUCCAGGAGCUGGAGGUCAAAAUGUCAGGACCCUGCUCCAGUGAGUACACUCACGGAUGCAUGACUACAAACACACAAACAUACGCAUGCACACACAUGCACAGGUGGACUUGCGAACACACACACACACAAGCAUGGACACACAGUCUUGGGGCUCUAUAUUAACAAACCUAACGCAAUGGUUAAUCUAAGCGCAGGCAGUAGUUCAGGGGUGUGUCAGAAAUAUUUUAGCUAUUUUCACUAUAACAAUGAUCGGCUCACUUGCUGGGUUUUGAUGAAUAAACAAGUUGUGGGUGUGUCGAGACUUGGCCCCUCACUGGCCAAUCAGAACAUGCUCCAUGGCGAAAUAAGUGGUUGCUUCAAGUUGUGUGUUUACGGUCAUUUAUGUAUUGCCUUGGAAUCAACUCCAACUCCAAUGUUAGUGCGUUAUAGUUUGUUAAAUGGCUUACAGAAACAAAAUAACAACAUGUAGACCUAUCUUUGCUAAAUACGUUAACUUGAACCCAUUUGCAGUCCACAUUGUUCUAAGUAAUUGUAUGGCUUCAAUAGCAUUCACACUGAUAUAGGGGCUAGGCCUACUGUAAAUUUCAUUAUGGCUGAGCAUGGACAUGCAUGGCUAAAAUAAUGUGGGCCUGCCUACAAUGCAUAGAGAAAAAGGGAAUGUCAGCUCACUGUUGUACUCCUCUCAAACCUGAUAUUUUAAUAAAGCUUUGGUGAUUAAGAUGUAUACUGAACAAAAAUAUGAACACAACAUGCAACAAUUUCAACAAUUUUACUGAGUUACAGUUUAUAUGAGGAAAUCAGUCAAUUGAAUUCAUUAGGCCCUAAUCUAUGGAUUUCACAUGACGGCAGGGACGCAGCCAUGGGGGGGCCUGGGAGGGCAUAGGACCACCCACUUGGGAGCCAGGCCCAUCCACUGGGAAGUCAAGCCCAGCCAAUCAGAAUCAGUUUUUCCCCACAAAAGGGCUUUAUUACAGACAGAAAUACUCCUCAGUUUCAUCAGCUGUCUGGGUGGCUGGUCUCAGAUGAUCCCGCAGGUGAAGAAGUCGGAUGUGGAGGUCCUGCGCUGACGUGGUUACAAGUGGUCUGCGGUUGUAAGGCCAGUUGGACGUACUGCCAAAUUCUCUAAAACGACGUUGGAGACGGCUUAUGGUAGAGAAAUUAACAUUAUAUUAUCUGGCAAUAGCUCUGGUGGACAUUCCUGCAGUCAACAUGCCAAUUGCGCACUUCCUCAAAACUUGAGACAUCUGUGGCAUUGUGUUGUGUGACAAACUGCACAUUUUAGAGUGACCUUUUAUUGUCCCCAGCACAAGGUGCAUGUGUGUAAUGAUCAUGCUGUUUAAUCAGCUUCUUGAUAUGCCACACCUGUCAGGUGAAUGGGUUAUCUUGGCAAAGGAGAAAUGCUCACUAACAGGGAUGUAAACAAAUGUGUGCCCAAAAUUUGACAGAAAUAAACUUUUUUCUAUAUGACAUUGUCAAGAGUGCUGUAUGUGGAUGUGGUGCAGGAAUCAGGCGCAGGACACAGAAGCUUCGUCCAACAGACUUUAGUACUCCAAACACAACACGAGCCAAAAAGAGCCCGGAGACGAGCGAUUACGCACACAGGCGUAAACUAGCAAAGAAAAUACUAACGCGCACACACGUGCGGAAAACUCUUCUACAACAACGGAGAAAAACCAAACACAGUCUCAGUAGACAGGUAGCGCAAUCACACACAACCCCUGACAAACAAAACGAGAACUUAAAGGACACAUAAUCAACGCUAAACGACAACAGGUGUACAACAUUAAGACAAAACCAAACGAACAUCGAAAACAUACAACGGUGGUAGCUAGUACUCCGGGGACGACGACCGCCGAAGUCUGCCCGAGCAAGGAGGAGAAGCAGCCUCGGCCGAAACCGUGACAGUACCCCCCCCCCCCUUGACGCGCGGCUCCAGCCGUGCGCCGACCCCGGCCUCGGGGACGACCAGGAGGACGCGGAGCAGGGCGCGCAGGGUGACUACGGUGGAACUGUGUCAGGAGAGACGGGUCUAGGAUGUCCCUCCUCGGCACCCAGCACCGCUCCUCCGGGCCGUACCCCUCCCACUCCACAAGAUAUUGGAGACCCCCCAUCCGGUGUCUCGAAUCCAAGAUGGACCGAAUUGUGUACGCCGGAGCCCCCUCGAUGUCCAGUGGGGGGGAGGAGUCUCUGCAAUCUCAUCUUCCUGGAGUGGACCAGCUACCACCGGCCUGAGAAGAGACACAUGGAACGAGGGGUUAAUAUUCUUAUACUCAAUAGGCAGUGGCAACCUGUAACACACCUCGUUCAAUCUCCUCAGGACUUUAAAAGGCCCCACAAACCGCCGACCCAGCUUCCGGCAGGGCAGGCGGAGGGGUAGGUUUCUGGUCGAGAGCCAGACUCGAUCUCCAGGUGCGUACACCGGCCCCUCACUGCGGUGGAGAUCGGCGCUCGCCUUCUGUCGACGGAUGGCCCGCUGCAGAUGGACGUGUGCAGCGUUCCAGGUCUCCUCCGAGCGCCUUACCCACUCAUCCACCGCAGGGGCCUCGAUCUGGCUCUGAUGCCACGGUGCCAGAACCGGCUGGUAACCCAACACACAUUGGAAAGGGGUUAGGUUGGUGGAGGAGUGGCGGAGAGAGUUCUGGGCCAUCUCUGCCCAGGGAAUAUACCUCGCCCACUCCUCCGGCCGGCCCUGGCAAUACGACCUCAGAAACCUACCCACAUCCUGGUUCACUCGUUCUACCUGCCCAUUACUCUCCGGGUGGUACCCCGAGGUAAGGCUCACCGAGACCCCCAAGCGCUCCAUGAACGCUCUCCAGACUCGGGAGGUGAACUGGGGACCUCGAUCAGACACUAUAUCCUCGGGUACCCCGUAAUGCCGGAAGACGUGGGUGAAGAGUGCCUCAGCGGUCUGCAAGGCAGUAGGAAGACCUGGCAUUGGGAGAAGACGACAGGCUUUAGAGAACCGAUCCACAACGACCAGUAUGGUGGUAUUCCCCUGAGAGGGGGGAAGGUCUGUAACAAAAUCUACCGAGAGGUGCGACCAGGGUUGUUGUGGAACGGGCAGGGGUUGUAACUUACCCCUGGGCAGAUGUCUGGGCGCCUUACACUGGGCGCACACCGAACAGGAGGAGACAUAAACCCUCACAUCCCUGGCUAACGUUGGCCACCAGUACUUCGCGCUAAGGCAGUGCACUGUCCGGCCAAUACCUGGAUGUCCAGAGGAGGGUGACGUGUGAGCCCAAUAAAUGAGUCGAUCCCGAACCUCGAGCAGAACGUACGUCCGACCCACCGGACACUGUGGAGGGCUAGGGUCGGUACGCAACGCCCGCUCGAUUUCAGCAUCGACCUCCCACACUACCGGUGCCACUAGACAAGACUCCGGCAGUAUGGAAGUGGGCUCUACGGACCUCUCCUCUGUGUCAUACCGCCGGGACAGGGCGUCUGCCUUACCGUUCUGGGACCCAGGGAUGUACGUGAUCUUAAAUACAAACCGGGUUAGAAACAUGUUCCAUCGCGCCUGGCGAGGGUUCAGUCUCCUAGCUGCCCGAAUGUACUCCAGGUUACGGUGGUCAGUCAAAAUGAGGAAAAGGUGUUGAGCCCCCUCAAGCCAAUGCCUCCACACCUUUAGGGCUUGAACCACGGCUAACAGCUCCCUGUCACCUACGUCAUAAUAACGCUCCGCCGGGCUGAGCCUUUUGGAGUAAAAGGCACAGGGGCGGAGUUUAGGUGGCGUGCCGGACCGUUGAGAUAGCACGGCCCCUAUACCGGCCUCAGACGCGUCCACCUCUACCUGAAAUGGUAAAGCGGGAUCCGGAUGCGCAAGCACUGGAGCCGAAGUAAACAGGGCCUUCAGUCUCCCAAAAGCCCUGUCCGCCUCCGCUGACCACUGCAAGCGCACCGCACCCCCCUUCAGAAGAGACGUUAUGGGAGCUGCCACCUGUCCAAAACCCCGGAUAAACCUACGGUAGUAAUUCGCAAAACCCAACAACUGCUGCACCUCUUUAACGGUGGUUGGGGUUUGCCAAUUACGCACGGCUGACACCCGUCAACCUCCAUCUUCACCCCUGACGCGGACAACUGAUAACCCAGAAAGGAGACCGACUCCUGAAAAAACAGACAUUUCUCUGCCUUGACAUACAGGUCGUGCUCCAACAGCCUACCCAACACUCGGCGCACCAGGGCUACAUGCUCGUCUCGGGUAGGCGAGUACACCAGGAUGUCAUCUAUGUACACGACCACACCCUGCCCCUGCAUGUCCCGGAAGAUCUCAUCCACGAAGGAUUGGAAGACUGAAGGAGCAUUCAUCAACCCGUAUGGCAUGACGAGAUACUCGUAAUGACCCGAGGUGGUACUAAAUGCCGUCUUCCAUUUAUCGCCCUCCCUAAUGCGCACCAAGUUAUAUGCGCUCCUGAGAUCCAGUUUCGUGAAGAAACGGGCUCUGUGCAAAGACUCUGUCAUAGUCGCAAUCAGAGGGAGUGGAUAACUGUAUUUCACAGUGAUCUGAUUGAGACUACGGUAAUCAAUGCACGGGCGCAACCCUCCAUCCUUUUUCUUCACAAAAAAGAAGCUCGAGGACGCAGGAGAAGUGGAGGACCGUAUGUAUCCUUGUCUCAGAGAUUCGGCUAUGUAAGUUUCCAUAGCUCUCUUCUCCUCUUGGGACAGAGGAUACACAUGGCUCCGCGGAAGCGCUGCUCCUGCCUGGAGGUCUAUCGCACAAUCCCCCUGUCUAUGAGGAGGCAACCGCGUCGCCCUCGAUUUACUGAACACAAGUGCCAAAUCCUCAUACUCAGUGGGAAUGCGCAUUGCGGACACCUGGUUUGGACUCUCCACCGAGGUCGCCCCCACGGAAACACCCAAACAUCGCCCCUCACACUGGGCAGACCACUCCUUAAGAGCCCUCUCUUGCCACGAAAUAGAAGGAUUAUGGGUACUCAACCAGGGAAUUCCCAGCACCACCGGAUACGCAGGAGAGUCGAUCAGAUAUAGCUGGAUAGUCUCCUCAUGACCCUCCUGCGUACACAUCCUAAGUGGCGCUGUGACCUCCCUGAUCAACCCCGAUCCCAACGGACGGCUAUCUAGGGCAUGAACGGGAAAUGGGACGUCAACAGGAAGAAGGGGAAUCCCUAGUUCUAAACAAAACGUACGAUCAACAAAAUUCCCAGCUGCGCCUGAAUCUACUAGCGCCUUAUGCUGGGAAUGAGGUGCAACCUGUGGAAAUCGCACAGGUAUACAGAAGUGCACAACAGAGAGCUCUGGGUAAGUGGGACGCCUACUCACCUGGAAGGACUCCCCAGUGCGGCGCCUGCCGUAUUCUCCCCUAGGAGACCCUCCCCAGCACCUGGCCGCGGUGUGUCCUCCACGGCCACAGUUGGUGCAGGGGACGGCCCCCCUAGUGCUCCUUCCUCUCCUCUCUCUAGCGCCAGCACCCCCGAGCUCCAUAGGGCUCGGCUCGGAGGUGCUGGAGGGUGGAAUGGACGAACCCCAAUCGGAACGUCCGCGGGUGGCCAGCAGGGUGUCCAGCAGGAUGGACAUGUCCACCAACUGGUCGAACGUGAGGCUGGUAUCCCUGCAGGCCAGCUCACGACGGACGUCCUCCUGUAGACUACAACGGUAGUGAUCGAUGAGAGCCCGCUCAUUCCACCCUGCAUCCGCCGCUAGAGUCCGGAAUUCCAAAGCGAACUCCUGGGCGCUCCUCUUCCCCUGCCGGAGGUAGAAUAGACGCUCCCCCGCCACUUUCCCCUCAGGUGGAUGGUCGAACACAGCCUUGAAGCGGCGGGAGAACUCCGCGUAUGUGAUCGUGGCGGCGUCUAUCCUCCUCCAUUCGGCGUUGGCCCACUCCAACGCCUUGCCGGUGAGACAGGAGAUGAGGGCGGAAACGCUCUUGUGUCCCGAGGGCGCCGGGUGUACGGUGGCCAGGUAUAGUUCCACCUGCAGGAGGAACCCCUGACACCCGGCAGCGGUGCCAUCAUACGCCCUCGGGAGCGAGAGCCGAAUCCCACUGGGUUCCGGAGCUUGGAUGGGCGGACUGGCCGAUGGUGAUGGCAAGGUAGGUGGAGAUGUGGAUGCCCCUCUGUUCUCCCAUCGGUGCAGAGUGUUUAUUACGUCCUGAAGGGCGGUCCCGAUACGAAGGAUCUGGUCGUUCUGUUCGCGGACGCGCUCCUCCAGUGACUCGGGUGCUGCUGCUGCUCCUGCUGAUUCCAUAAUGGUGUGUGAUUCUGUCAAGAGUGCUGUAUGUGGAUGUGGUGCAGGAAUCAGGCGCAGGACACAGAAGCUUCGUCCAACAGACUUUAGUACUCCAAACACAACACGAGCCAAAAAGAGCCCGGAGACGAGCGAUUACGCACACAGGCGUAAACUAGCAAAGAAAAUAAUAACGCGCACACACGUGCGGAAAACUCUCCUACAACAACGGAGAAAAACCAAACACAGUCUCAGUAGACAGGUAGCGCAAUCACACACAACCCCUGACAAACAAAACGAGAACUUAAAGGACACAUAAUCAACGCUAAACGACAACAGGUGUACAACAUUAAGACAAAACCAAAUGAACAUCGAAAACAUACAGCGGUGGUAGCUAGUACUCCGGGGACGACGACCGCCGAAGUCUGCCCGAGCAAGGAGGAGAAGCAGCCUCGGCUGAAACCGUGACAGACAUAUUUCUGGGACCUUUUAUUUUUUAGCUCAUGAAACAUGGGACCAACACUUUACAUGCUGCGUUUAUAUUUUUGUUCAGUAUAUUUCCAAGCGGUGUCUGGAGCCAAACCCUUUAUCGACAGUCUUGACUAAUUUGCGAUUGCAUUGGGCAGACAAAAAAAUGCAUUCAUUGAGAGAAGGGGAGGCUAUGCUUGGUUUUUAAUCAAAUAAAACUAACUGGGGGAAAAACAUUUAUUAAAUUUUUUUAAUACAAAGUAUUCAGGCACCACAAGCACAUUAGGCUAAUCUUGUCUUAAAUAUCCCCAUCAGCGCCUCCUGAAAUUAGCACUUUGGAUCAUGUUUUUAAGGACACACCUCAAAUAUUUUCACCCGCCCAUCUGAGCGCAAGCGAGCUGAUAUAAGACAGGUGAAUUGCCGAACCUGGUGUUAGGGCUGGAAAAUGCCAGUGCGGCAGUUUUUACAUGACCUCUUUAAGCUCUCUGGCCAAGCAUAGACUCCAACAGACCAACCAGCAUGUUAUCAUGUAACCUGUUACUUUACUUCACACCUUUCUCAGCUGCAUCAUUAUACAACAUGUUACACCUCAGCGGACCAACCUGCUCUACACCUCAGCCAACUCAGCCCUCUCCCCUCCUCCUGAUCUCACAUGUCACACCUCACCUCCUCCUAAUGUAGUGUUUGACACCGUUUCUCAAUCCCUACCAUGCCCCAGUCCAGCCUGGUCUCGCAGACUAGACGUAACAUAGGUAACAUAAAUCUGGGAAUCUCAAAUUAGUAUGAUACUGUAUAUUACGUUUGGUAUGGUUACAUAAGAAAAAGUAGGGUGGAUGGAUGGGUGGGCAAAUUGAUACAUACCAUACGAAACAUAACUUGGGUAGGCAUAUAACACGAACGUCUAGCAACCCACAGGUUGCAAGUUCGAAUUUCAUCACGGACAACUUUAGCAUUUUAGCUAAUUAGCAACUUUUCAAUUACUUACUACUUUUUGCUACUUUGCAUGUUAGCUAACCCUUCCCCUAACCCUAACCUUAACCCUUUUAGCUAACCCUAACCUUAACCCUUUAACCUAACUCCUAAACUUAACCCUAACCUAAACCCUAACCCCUAACCCUAACCCCUAGCCUAGCUAACAUUAGCCAGCUAGCUAUUGUUAGCCACCUAGCCACUUAGCUAGAAUUCGUAACAUAUCAUACAUUUGACAAAUUCGUAACAUAUUGUAUGUUUGCAAAUUCAUAACAUAUAAUCCGAAUUGUAAUUCAUAACAUAUCAUACGAAAUGGGUGAUGGACAUCCACAAAUUAAUACAUACCAUACGAAACGUAACAUAUAACACAGAUGGGUGGGCGUAUAACACGAACGUAUAGCAACCCACAGGGUCCCGAGUUUGAAUCUUACCACGGACAACUUUAGCAUUUUAGCUAAUUAGCUACUUUUCAACUACAUACCACUUUUUUGCUACUUUGCAACUACUUAGCAUGUUAGUUAACCCUUCCCCUAACCCUAACCUUAACCCUUUUAGCUAACCCUUCCCCUAACCCUAACCUUAACCCUUUAACCUAACUCCUAAACUUAACCCUAACAUAAACCCUAACCCUUACCCUUAGCUUAGCUAAUUCAUAACAUAUAAUAACUUUAGCAAAUUCGUAACAUAUCAUAGGAAAUGGGUGAUGGACAUCUACAAAUUAAUACAUACCAUACUAAACGUAACAUAUCAUACUAAAUGGAGUGUCCCGCAUUUACGUACAGAAUAAUACUAAAUGCUCUGAGACCAGGUUGCCCAAUCUGCUCAUACAACCAGGCUCAUGUUAGCAUUAGUCAUGUAAAACAGAUGAAUGUACGCUCAAUGUGUGGAAUUAUGCUUAUCUUAUUUUCUUUUCCACCUUCUUUUCUCUCUCCCCCUUUUCUCCUCUCCCCCUCCUCCACUCCUUCAGUGGGUUCCCAGGAUAGUCUGUUGGAGAUCACUUUCCGUUCCACCGUCCCCCCAGUUUUGUGUGACCCUACGACCCCGCGACCCCAGGACCAUGUCAACCUAACCCUGCCAGCGCUGGGCAUCAACAUGGGCAUGGGCCAGGACAGGAUGGCCGCCCCCCUCUCCUCCUCCUCCCUGCCCCUAGGCAGCCCCCUAGGUAGGGAUCAGUGUCUCCUCAAGCUUGAAUGUUUCCGCUUCCUGCCCGGACCCCCAACACCUGAACCUCGCCCCCCUACUCCUCCACAGCGGUGGGGUCAAAAUGGGGUGAAAGGUCAGGAGGGGUCAGGAGUGGUGAUGUCAUCAACCCGCGACGAGGUGCUUGGCAGUCUGGAGCUGCUGAGGUUCCGGGAGUCUGGCAUUGCAUCUGAGUACGAGUCCAACACUGACGAUAGUGAUGAUAGUGAUGAGAGAGAAGAGAGAGAUGAGAGAGAAGAGAGGGAGGAGAGAGAAGAGAGGGAGGAGAUGGAGGAGAGGGAUAUCAUAUACAGCUGGGGGUCUGACGAGGAGACCCUCCGUCUACUAAACGUGCUUAACAGACAGGGAACACCAGACUGCCUGGGGGAUGAGAUAGCAGUGUAG